GGCUGGCUGUAACCCCGUGCUAUCACGGUGCAGGAGGCUGGCUGUAACUCCGUGCUAUCACGGUGCAGGAGGCUGUGCUGUAACCCCGUGCUAUCACGGUGCAGGAGGCUGGCUGUAACCCCGUGCUAUCACCGUGCAGGAGGCUGGCUGGCUGUAACCCCGUGCUAUCACCGUGCAGGAGGCUGGCUGUAACCCCGUGCUAUCACGGUGCAGGAGGCUGGCUGUAACCCCCUGCUAUCACGGUGCAGGAGGCUGGCUGUAACCCCGUGCUAUCACCGUGCAGGAGGCUGUGCUGGCUGUAACCCCGUGCUAUCACCGUGCAGGAGGCUGUGCUGGCUGUAACCCCGUGCUAUCACCGUGCAGGAGGCUGGCUGGCUGUAACCCCGUGCUAUCACCGUGCAGGAGGCUGGCUGGCUGUAACCCCGUGCUAUCACGGUGCAGGAGGCUGUGUUGUAACCCCGUGCUAUCACGGUGCAGGAGGCUGCGCUGUAACCCCGUGCUAUCACCGUGCUGGAGGCUGUGCUGUAACCCCGUGCAGGAGGCUGGCUGUAACCCCGUGCUAUCACCGUGCAGGAGGCUGGCUGGCUGUAACCCCGUGCUAUCACCGUGCAGGAGGCUGGCUGGCUGUAACCCCGUGCUAUCACCGUGCAGGAGGCUGGCUGGGCGGGCUGUGCUGUCACAGGUCACGGUCAGCCAUUUUCUGUGAGGGUGGUUUGUGUCUCCCAGCGGCCAUGUUGUGUGCCGGCCUGCACCUCCCCCGGUCAGGGUGUAGAUGGCAGUGUGGGGCCGCCGCUGUCACAGCUCAGGGAGUAUAAGACAUGCUCGUGUUACGGAGCUAUGGCGCGCUCGCUCUCUGCCAGGCUGUCCUGACACGCUGCCCCGGAAGGCUUCCUGCUGCUUCCCGCCGCUGGCUGAGCAUGGAGCGCUACAGCACCCAGGAGAGGGGGCGCCCCAACACCGCCGAGUACCGGCUCUACUUCAGUGAGUAUCGGCACCGUGUCCCUGCCCGACACAGCGCCCUCUCCGGCCAAUAGCAGCAGCGCUGCCACACUGCCCGGGCUCCUCCCUAAUACCGAGCCCCCCGGGGGGAGCACACUGACCGCUCUGUCUGGGACCCAGUGUGAGUGCUGCAGCUUUACUCUCACUGUCUGCAUACUGAGUGUGACCCAGUGUGAGUGCUGCAGCUUUACCCUCACUGUCUGCAUACUGAGUGUGACCCAGUGUGAGUGCUGCAGCUUUACUCUCACUGUCUGCAUACUGAGUGUGACCCAGUGUGAGUGCUGCAGCUUUACCCUCACUUUCUGUCUGCAUACUGAGUGUGACCCAGUGUGAGUGCUGCAGCUUUACUCUCACUGUCUGCAUACUGAGUGUGACCUUGCAGAUAGUAACUGCUCACUGCAAGGUCAUCAAUGACUCUUGACCAGAGCCAGGCUGACUACUAGAAGCGUGUGUUGUGCUGUGUGUCUGUGUAUAUUUGUCUUUAUUAUUUUAAUAUGAUGCCUUCUUACCCACAUUAAGUUAUGUACUCUGAUACAGGCCAUGAAAGGAACACUGUUAUUAAACUUUUUUUUUUUUAUUCAAUGUGUUCCUUAUUUUUAGGAAACUGACUACUUUUUACAUUUUAUUAAAAUAGCCAUUUGAUUUAUCUGUAAUCAAACACUGGGAUCCUGCCCUCACUAGAGCCCAGUCCUGCUAUUGGGACUCACUAAUGACCUUUGUCAAGUCAAGUACGUUUCUUAGAGAAGUUCUGCAAACUUUUGGUGCAUACAUGGCAAUAACCUUGAUCUGCUAGUCCUAUUUUUCUAUUUUCGAGGCUUUGGUGUUACAGUAUUUGGCAUCAGCAUACUUUGCAUGUUAAUGCUAGAGGUCAAAUGCAUUCAGUGAUUGGGAUUCUAGCUUUUGCUGCAAUUUCACAGGCUGUGGGAUCUGGAGCUAGUUGUGAUACUUGAUGUCCUAUAUUAGUGUUUCAUAACCUUUUUAUGGAUAAGUACCACUGUAGGUCUAAAUAUUUUCCUAAGUACUCCUGCAUUAAGAAAGUAAUUUUUAUUGGUUUAAAUUUAAAAAAUGAACAUGUAGAAUGUAAACCAAUAAAACAAUGAUAUUUAUAGGCACCCAGGUCAAUUCUAUUCAUUGAAGUGGUCUGGGUGCAGUGUGCCAGAUCCCCUUAGUUUUAACCCUGCAGCUGUGAAACUGCUAUGUUUACAUUGAGUGUUAAUCCAGCCUCUAGUGGCUGUCUCCCUGAUAGCCACUAGAGGCCGCUUCCGCGAUUCUCAGUGUGAAAAUCACACUGAGAUGACGCUGGACGUCCAUAGGAAAGCAAUGAGGCGGUUUGAAUGUGCGUGUGUUUGGAACUGCAUUGUUUUACAUUGCAGCACUAAGUGCAAACGGGUCACAGCACCCAGACUACGUCAGUGAGCUGAAGUGGUCUGGGUGCCUACAGUGUCCCUUUAAUCUGAAGUAUAAAAGUCACAAAAUGAAGUUAGAAUUCACCCAUAAUCGUUACACACAGGACACUGACACAUUUACACAGAGGACACACAUACACUGACACACACUAUCACUGAUUUGACAAAUGUGCACACACUCCACUGACAAACGCACACUUGGAAAAUGCAUAAUUUUAUUUAUUAACUUUUUUUUUUUAUGUCCACCUAGCCUUCCUACCUUUUUUUGUGAGAGCUGGAGUGGAUUGUUUCCCUGAAAUCCAGUGAUGGGUUGUGUAAUUUUUGUUCUCUUCCAGCACUGCUCCCUCGUGGGCUGUCUAGUGAUUCCAAGGCCAGAGUGACCUCAUAACCUGGCAUCACCAAAGGGAGCAGUGCUGAAAGAGCAUGAAGAUUACAGCUCCAUCGCUGCCUCUAUUCUCCCCCCGCCGACUGUAUUUGCGAACAGUCUGCUGCCUCCGGGGGCACUAAGGUGGUGGCCAGCUCCUGGCGCAUCCUCUGCCUUUGGUAUGUGUACCUCUUGAAAGUACAGGUGUCACUGGUUGAGAAACUUGGUUAUAUAGCACUGCUGAUCUUUUCCCAUGUAUGCAGUGCUUGUGGGCACAACCAUGUGUUUUUCUUUUUCUUAAAGUAUUGCUCAGAAAUGGGGAUCGACCAAUAUUGGGGUUUUUUUGUUUUGGUUUUUUUGAGUCAAUACCGAUAAACUUUCAGGCCGAUAACUUACCGUUUCUGAUACCCUGUACAUUUACCAUUUUGGAAAAGUAAACCAUUUCUACACAAAUCUACUGUUAACUGAAUAUAUUUAUUUGUUUUUUUGCAAAUCUUUUAUUUUUAUUAAGGUAAAUGCAAAAAAAUAUACAUGCAGUCAGAAGUUUUAUUUUUUGAAGAGUGUGUGUGUGUGUGUGUGUGUGUGUGUGUGUGUGUGUGUGUAAUGCAUGCAGAAUGUGUGUGUGUGUGUAUAUAGUGGAUGCAGUGAGUGUCUGUACAGUGUGUAGGUUUAUAAUGAAUGCAGUGUAUAGUGUAUAAUGAAAGCAGAUUGUGUGUUUGUCUAGUGUGAGUAUCUAAUGAAGGCGUAGUUUGUGUAUUUGUAGGCAUGUAAUGUGUGUAGAUAGGGGGGCAUUUUUCAUUAUUUAAAAAAAAAAUUUUUUACAUUUUGUUUUACUCCACCCUCCCUGCGUCUUACCUCGCCAGGGAGGGGGGAUAUGGCAUUCCCUACGGGGCCAAGAACACUUACUUACCUUCCCAGCAGCUCUCCUGCUUAACUCUCUCAGCCCAUGUGCCAUGCGGAGCAUUGCCAUGGUAACCCGUGGCAACGCUCUGAUGGCUGUGGGUCUUGCGUUAGGUGAGCUCAAGGGUGCUGCUGGGAAGGUAAGUAAGAGUGUGCUGGCUCCCCAGGACCCUAAUGGCGGCCCGGGUCUGCAAUAUCGUUAUCUUUAUUGGUCGAUAUUGCUGAAAAUACAGAAAAUCUGCCCAUAAUAUCAGCCAGACCGAUAAUCUGUCGAUCCCUACUCAGAAACCCAAGCAAAAGAGAAACCCUGCAGUUUUGGUGAGUGACAAAAAGUGUAGAAACAAUUACAAAACAUUUAGAGAUUAAAGGAGCACUAUAGGCACCUAGACCAGUUCAUCUCAAUUUAGUGGUCUUGGUGCAGUGGCACUGUAGUCUUGUAGAUACAGCAAUGUUUUAAUUGCAGGGUUAACACACUUCCAGUGGCUAUGAGAAGUAUUAGGUUUAUUAGGCUGUGCAGCAAAGAAGGGGGGGGGGGAUUGGAGUUAAAAGAUAAACUAGGUUUUUAUAUUAGUUUUUCUAAGUAAAACUCAAAUUUGUAAUUUAAAUUUUUUUUUUUAUUUACUUUCGUAUUUAUUUAUUUAUUUAUUUAUUUAUUUAUUUUGAUGAACGGGGUAGGGGUUACAGGAAAAAGAAGUGAUGUCAAGAGACACAAACACCGUUUCACAGUUUCGUAUUCGAGGUCACAGGAUAAACAGCAAGGUGUAAUCAUACAAUCCAUUGGGUGGCCUUUCCAUAGCGCGGUGCUAUCCAUCUUUAUAGUUUUGGUGUUCUUGGGACUCCUUCGGUGGGGAGGAUCUUGAGGGCCUUACUGUGCUCUGGGGGUUUCUGUGCCUUCCACAUGUGUAGCUGUGUAUAUUAUCUUAGGUGUCAGGGGUGGGGGUAACUGGGUGAAAUUUGUAAUAAUUUUAAUGCUGACACGUGCUUUCAGGAUGUUGCUUAGACAUGUUUGCUCAGUAUGUUUCAGUGCACACGCCAAUCCUAAUAAAAUGUACCAAAAAAUGUUUACGUCUGUAAAAGAUCUUCUGACUCCGCUGUUGUCUUCCCAUCUAUCAUUACACUUAACAGAAUUCCUAAUCAAUGGGUUUCACACCCGUAUACUUUCCUAUCUACUGGUAUUUUAGAAUGUAACAAUUUCAAAACUACUUUGAGGUAUCCUGUUACAGUUGACUUCAUUCUAGCCAUAUAAUUAAGCAAGGUUUUCUAGUAGGCCUUAUCCUGUGCCGAAAGUAAUACCAAACUACUGCGCAGCUUAAAGGACAGAAUAGUUAUUCAAUAAACUGCGUGUUUCAAUCAAUAAAACUAAAAGUCCUGACACUAAAGUAAUCCAGCCAGAAUGAGUAGCCAUGGAAGCCAGUUUCCCUAGGGAGGAAAUUUCUUGUAUCCUGUAAAACAUUGAUCUUGUUAUACAGCAAGAUUCCUGUGUAACUGUAAGGAACUACAAUCCCUUCUAGGCUUUCAUAAUUUUGCUAUGAGGAUCAUCUCAUAAGGCCAUUAAUUUAUCGCUAGAAUGCUCUGUUUGUUUGUUACUUGGUCUCUCCACUGAUGAUAGUCAAGUAAACCAAGACAAUCAAAAUAUGGCAGAUAUAUACAUGUGGCAGCGUUUUCUCUUUGAUUGGAAUGGGAAAUCCAUGUUUCUUCCAACUCUUUAAUUCACCCAUAGUUUAUCCUGAUGCUGCAUCCUCAACAGGUUUUGCUCCAAGCUUUAGAAAUUACAUAGUCCAUCAAGUUCAGCCUUCCUCACAUAUGUUUUUGCUGUUGAUCCAAAAGAAGGCAAAAAAAACCCAGUCUGACGCGUUUCCAACUUUGCAACAAACUAGGAACAAAUUCCUUCUUGACCCCAAAAUAGCAGUCCGAUAUCUCCUUGGCUCAAGCAGCUAUUUCCCUAUUAAUUAGAAAUUAUAUCCCUGUAUGUUGUUUUUUUGGAAGUAUUUAUCCAGUUGCUGUUUAAGCAUCUGUAUGGACUCUGAUAAAAGCACCUCUUCAGGUAGAGAAUUCUAUAUACUUAUUGCUCUUACUGUAAAAAACCUUUUCUUUGCCUUAGAUGAAAUCUCCUUUCUUCCAGCCUAAAUGCGUGAUCUUGUGUCCGAUCUGUAUAGCCCUGUUUAUGAAUAGAUUUCCAGAUAAUGGUUUGUACUGGCCCUGAAUAUAUUUGUAUAAUGUGAUCCUAUCCCCUCUGAGGUGCCAUUUUUCCAAACUAAAGAUUUUGAAAUUUUGAAACCUUUCUUCGGAACUAAAAUGCUCCAUUCCUUUUAUCAACUUUGUAGCUCGUCUCUACACUUUUUCUAAUGCCAUAAUAUCCUUCUUUAGAACAGGUGCCCCAAAUUGCACAGCAUAUUCUAGGUAAGGUCUUACCAGUGAUUUAUAAAGAGGCAAAAUUAUAUUUUCAUCCUGAGAAUUUAUGCCCCUAUUUAUACAUGACAAAACCUUACUGGCCUUAGAAACUGCAGAUUGACAUUGCAUAUUGCUGCCUAAUUUGUUGUCGAGAAGGAUUUGGGAAUUGUUAUAGUGUGUGGUUAUCCCUAAUUCACUACCAUUUAGGGUGUAAGUUGCUUGUGCGUAACUUUGCAUUUUUCUACGUUAAAUUUCAUCUGCCAUUUUAGUGCCUAGGCCCACAAUCUAUCCAAAUCCCUCUGCAGCAAAGCAAUAUCCUGCUCACAUUUUAUUACUUUACAAAGUUUGUCAUCUGCAAACACUGAAACAUGGCUUUCAAUGCCUAUUUUAAGAUAAUUUUUAUAAAUAUGUAAAAUAGAAGUGGUCCCAAAACAGAAUCCUGAGGGACACCUCUUACCACUUUUGUCCAGCCUGAAAAUUUACCAUUAAUGACAACUCUUUGUACUCUAUCCUUAAGCCAAUGUUCUACCCAAGAACAAGAAUAUUCAUCUAGACCAAUUUCUUUUAGUUUGAAGACUAUCCUAUUGUGAGGAACCGUAUCAAAUGCCUUGGCAAAAUCCAAAUAGAUCACAUCCACUUCAACACCCUGAUCUAUACUUCUACUUACUUCUUCGUAGAAUGCAAUUAGGUGAGUUUGACAUGACCUGUGUUUCAUAAAACCAUGCUGAUUAUUGCUAAUAACAAAGGUAUGAAUUCCUGAAUAUUAUCCCUUAAUAGCCCUUCAAAUAUUUUCACAGUCACAGAAGUUAGGCUCACAGGUCUAUAAUUUCCAGGCAAGGAUUUUGAACCCUUUUAAAAUAUAGGAACAACAUCUGCCUUCCUCCAAUCCUGCGGUACAAUACCUGAAACAAAAGAAUCAUGACAAAUUAAAUACAGAGGUUCACCUAUUUCCACACUUGGCUCCUUAAGUACUUUAUUUACAUAAAUUUCUUUUAACUGCUGUAGCACCUUGUCUUAAGUCAUCCAAUCACAAGUUAUCUACAAGAUUUUUCAAGCAAUCAUUUGCAUAUCUCUUGCCAUAGGAUCCUCAUUAAUAUAUACUGAAGAAAGUUAUUUAAAAUGUCUGCCUUUUCCUGAUCUUCAUUAGCUAACAGAGCCAUCUGUUUCCAGUGUACUUUCACAUGUUCAGUUAAUCUACCUUUCUAACAUUUGUUUGAAUAGUUUCCAUUUAUCUUCAGUGUGUUUUUUUUAUUUAUUUUUUUAUUUUUUUAUUUUUUUAUUUUUAUUUUUUAAUUCUUUAUUUUUUCAUCUUGACAGUCAGCGAACAUAACAGUAGCCACAUGACUUGUGCAAAAGUCAGUUAUAGUGCAAUAUAAUAUCCCAUGUAAGUGAAAAGGGGAAGGUAACAUGCCUUUGAACAAUGCGUAUUCUACACAAGUAAUUACAAUUUGGCCGGUCUUCAAGGAGUUUUGGAAUAAGAUUGACAUUGCCAGAAUACCAGACAUGCGGUUUAAGUAUGCGGUGCUAACUUCACAUAACCAUGAGCUUUCUAUAGCAUAAGGGUGGAGCAUCUGCCGCUACUCGGGGGUAUCAGCAGAUGCCCCCUGUAUUGUACACCAGCUAUUUACUACGUCAGAUAUCUAACAACGUCUACCAGUCCUGCCUCCUGGACUGGACUAGCAAAACAGGGGGAGAGAGAGAAGUGAAAGAGGGGGAAAGCAAGUGGGAGGUGGGACCUAUUUUGAAUUUGUUGAACAAAGGUGACAAGCACCUGUUAGUGCUAUGUGGGGGGAGGGGGGGGGAGAGCCGGGGGACCAUGCGGUCUGUGAGGUUGGGCACCUAUCUCGAGAACCUCUCCCAAGUCCAUAUACCUCAAUUGUUCCCAGUCCCCAUUAGCAGAGCAGAGGUGGGCGUAUAGCUCCGUUAUCAUCCCUUUGGGUACGGUUUCCGCCAGGCAGUGCCGUUCAAAGAACGUCUUUUGCUGCAGUGCUGCCAUUUUUAUAUGGGGGUUGUUUCGCGAAAUCUCUCAGUUGGAUAUAACGAAAAAAAUCGUCUGGCGUCAAGUGCCUCCCAUGUGCGAGGCCUUCAAAGCCAACGAACUCAGUGCCCUGAUACAAAUGGCAUAUUCUCUGGAUGCCUGUCUGUUCUAUGUUUCUGAAAUCCCUGGGGACCAUGCCUGGGGGGAAGGCUCUAUUUCGUAGAUGGGGCAUGAGGGGGGAAGGUGAGGAAGCUAGUUUGUGUUUUAUGUGGGAGGAGUCCCAGAUUCUUAAGGAGUUGAGGAUUGUUGGGCAGGUAACUCUUAGUAUGGAUCUGUUUUCUUUUGGUACCCACAUUGCGAAUUGUGGUAGAUCGGCCCCUACCAUGAGCGAUUUCUAUAUCAACCCAUUUUCUGUCUCCCGGGGGUGAGUGCCACAUUGCUACUUGUGUUAAUUGGGCUGCUAAAUAGUAAUAGUAUAGGCAGGGAAGCCCCAGGCCGCCUCUUGGUUUGGGUCUAUAUAGAACCUGUCUGGAGAUCCUAUGUCUUUUGUUCUGCCAGUUGAAUGCGCAUAUUGCCCUCUGGAGAGGGAGCAAUUGGGCCUUGUUAACGCGUAUGGGUAGUGCCUGAAACAGGCAGAGGAUGUGCGGCAGGACAUUCAUUUUAGCAGAAUGAAUUCUUCCUAUCCAUGAUAUGGGUUUGUCCAGCCAUUUAUCUAAAUCCUUCACCAGCGUUUUGAUUAGGGGGAUGUAAUUAUGCUGAAAUAGCUUGUCCGGGUCAGCUGUCAGAUGUAUCCCUAGGUAUUUGAGAGAUGAGUGUUCUAAAUGUAUAGUGUGCCUGUCUCCGAUUUCUGCCGUGUCCGCCGCCGUCAGUCCCAGUGGGAGAGCGCUAGACUUGGUCAUGUUGACCAUGUAUCCCGAAAGUGCUCCAUAGUUCUGCAGGAUCUCUUUUAGAACGGUCAUUGAUUCCGUUGGGCUCGUCAGUGUCAGGAGCACGUCGUCUGCAUAUGUAGACACUAGGAACUCCUGUCCUCCUACAGUCACUCCUCUCACUCCAGGGUGUCGUUGCAGGGUUUGUAACAGUGGUUCAAGCGACAGAACAAAUAGGAGUGGGGAUAACUGGCACCCCUGUUCCGUGCCGUUGUGUAGUCUAAAGGGUUGGAGGGGGGCUCCCGUGACUUAUCUUCAGUGUUUUUAUCACUGAGUUUAUGCCAGUCUAUUUGUUGUAGAGCUGCCCUAAUCUUAUUGAAAUUGGCUUUUUUUUUUAAAUAUGGUUUUUAGUAUACCCCACGUGCUUUUGCUUUUUUAUUUUUUUAUUUAUUUAUUUUUUUUAAUUACCAUAUUGUGAUCACUAUUUCCCAAAUGCUCCCCUACUUGAAUGUUGGUCAAAAGAUCAACAUUGUUUGUUUUAACGAGAUCCAUACAAGCAUCCUUUCUAGUUGGUGCUUGUACCAGUUUGUGACAUGAAGGUGUCAUUUGACACAUUCUAAAAUCUGAUUUCCCCUUGCUGAAGUACUAGUCACUCUAUCCCAGUUUAUGUCCGGGUAAUUAAAAUCUCCAAUAAUUAACGUGUUACCCCGAUUUGCAGCUUUCCCAAUUUGCUGUUCUUCCUCAACUUGCUGUUCUUCCUCAUUAGUAUUUACAUUAGGUGGUUUAUAACAUAUCCCAACCAAUAAUUGAUUUCCCUUUUUUUUUGGUCGCAAGCGGAUAACUAUCCAUAAAGCUUCCACAUUUUUCUGGUCACACUCCACAUGCCUAAGAUUUGACUUUAACUCAUGGUUGACAUACAAACAUACCCCAACACUCUUCUUGUUUUUCUUAUCCUUCAUAAAUAACUUGUACCCAUUUAAGUUAACUGUGCAGUCAUAUGUCUCAUCCCACCAUGUUUCUGUUAUGCCUAUUAUAUCAUAUUGUUUAGUGUGUGCUAGUUCCCCCAUUUUGUUAUAUAGGCUCCUUGCAUUAGUAAGCAUACAUUAAUAUCAUCAUGAGCCAUUUGUACUUUUUGUGAAUUUUCAUCAAUAUUACAUACCUCCUCUGUUCUGAGCUUUCCCCCCCCCCCCCCCAUCUCCACCCCCUUAUACUGAGCUAAAGUCCAUCUCCUUUCUAUCCUAUCUCCAUUUUCUAGACUGCUUUGACCCUCCCCCCCCCGCUACUAGUUUAGCGGGGGGGAGGGUCAUCCUAUUCCCCAGCACACCAGACCCUCUUACGUUUAGGUGCAAUCCAUCACGACUAUACACGUUGUACCCAAGCGCAAAAUCGGCCCAGUGCUCUAAAAACCCCAAACCUUCUUUCCUGACCCAAGACUUCAGCCACGCAUUGACCUCUCUUAUCUCCCACUGCCUUUCUGCUGUAGCACAUGGCACAGGUAAUAUUUCUGAAAAUAUUACCUUGGAGGUCCUUUUCUUUAGCUUACUUCCUAGUUCCCUGAACUCAUUCUUUAGGACCUUCCAUUUUCCUCUGACUUUGUAAUUGGUACCAAUAUGGAUCAUGACAGCUGGGUCAUCCCCAGCCCCUCCCAAUAAUCCCUCCACUCUGUCGACAACAUGCUGGACCCAAGCACCCGGGAGAUAGCAAACGUUCUGGUUGAGACGAUCAGAGUGGCAGAUUACCCUAUCUACUCUCUUAAUAUUAGAGUCCCCUACCACCACAACCUGUUUUAGCCUUCUUUACCCUCUCAACCUCACCUGUAUUAGAGGGGCCGUUCCCAUGGCUAUUAGAAUGAACAUCUUCCUGCAGUACAGCUACUCCUGAGCUGAUACUCCCAACAUCUUCACUCAAACGGGCAAAUCUGUUAGGCUGCAUAAAAUCAGGAUUAGCUAAACCUUUCCUCUUCCCUCCCCCGCUGCUUCCUCGCCCCACUGUUACCCAGUUAUGUGCCUGCUCACCAACGGUCUCAUCUCCUCCCACUCCACUACCUGCACCCACUAAACUCUGCUCAGUGAGCAGUAGACUCCUCUCAAGAUUGUCAAUCUCUCUCAAUGUUGCAAUUUGACUCUCCAGUUGUCUAUGGAACAUAUGGCCUCCCGAAACAAAUGAUCUAAAUGCCUUAAAAAAUACAUCAGCUCUAUUUGAGGUGUACCCAAUAGUAGCCGCAGCCCAAGCCUCUGGCCACUUGAACAUAGCUUCAGAGUCUUGGAAUUGCUUAUAGUGGAUGACCGAGUGACUGCUACUAGAGGUGUCCUAAAGCAGCAAUGUAAACACUGUUUGUUUUUUCUUUUUCUUUCUUUAACCCCUUAAGACCGGAGGGCGUACUAUUACGCCCUAUUUUAGGCGGCUCUAAACGCCACCGGGCGUAAUAGUAUGCCCUCUGGUCUUUCAUUACUUACCCGGUCGCCGGCGGUCCCACGCCGGCGAUCGCGGUUGGGGGGACUCCCAGGGAGCCCCCGCGGCAGAUCUUCUUCCUGGCAGCCCCCCCAGCCAUGUGAGAGUGAGGUCCUUGCAAGGACCUCACAAUCACAUGGCCGGGAUAGCUGGCUGCUGUAAUGACAGGUAGUCCCCCCUGCUGGCUGGAAAUAAAAUUAAAGUUAAAAAGUGUGUGCAAAAAAAAAAAAAAAAGUAUAUGUGUGUGUGUGUAUAUAUGUAUGUAUAUAUGUGUGUGUGUGUAUAUAUAUAUAUAUAUGUAUAUGUGUGUAUAUUAAAUUACACGUAGACUGACACUGAUUAAAUAUAUUUAUUAUUAUUAUUAAAUAUGUAAAUACAUUAAAAAUAGAUGUUAUUUCGUUCUAACUGUAUUGUGAUAUUAAUAUAUAUUUAUAUCAAAAUACACGUAGAACGAAAUAAUAUAUACCUAUAAAUAUAAAAUAACAAAUAUAUUUAUGUAAUAUUUUUACAUAAUUAGGUAUCUUAAUUAAUUACAAUAAGCGGGACCUGCCUGACAACCCAUGCCGAAAGUAAAGGGAAUUUAAUUUGCUAGCACUAUAUUUAGCUCUAUAACUUUCCAAAACACCAUAAAACGUGUACAUGGGGGGUACUGUUCUACUCGGUAGACUUCGCUGAACACAAACAUUAGUGUUUCAAAACCGUAAAAUGUAUUACAACAAUAUCGCCAGUAAAAGUGAAGUUUUUUGCAUUUUUCACGCACAAACAGCACUUACACGGACGAUAUUAUUGCUGCGAUACUUUUUACUGUUUUGAAACACAAAUAUGUGUUCAGCGAGGUCUCCCGAGUUCAACAGUACCCCUCAUGUACAGGUUUUAUGGUGUUUUCAAAAGUUACAGCGUCAAAUAUAAGGCUUGUUUCAUUUUUUUCACAUUAAAAUUCGCCAGAUUGGUUACGUUGCCUUUGAGACCCUAUGGUAGCCAAAGAAUGAAAAUUACCCCUAUGAUGGCAUACCAUUUGCAAUAGUAGACAACCCAAGGUAUUGCAAACUGGGUAUGUCCAAUCUUUUUUAGUAGCCACUUAGUCGCAAACACUGGCCAAAAUUGGUGGGUUUUUUGUAUUUUUCACACACAAACAAAUACGAACGCUAACUUUGGCCGUGAUUGUGACCAAAUGGCUACUAAAAAAGACUGGACAUAGCCCAUUUGCAAUACCUUGGGUUGUCUACUAUUGCAAAUGGUAUGCCAUUAUGGGUGUAAAUUUCAUUCCUGGGCUACUAUAAAGUCCCAAAGGCAAUGUAACCAAUCUGGCGAAUUUCAAUUUCAAAUGUAACGUGCUAUAUUUGACCCUGUAACUUCCCAAAACGCCAUAAAACCUGUACAUAGGGGUACUGUUUUACACGUGAGACUUUGCUGAAUACAAAUAUGUGUAUUUUAUUGCAGUAAAAGCAAACAGUAUUAUGACAUUGACCGUUAAAAUGUCAUGUAGAACUAAAAAAAUCUUAUUUUCUCCCAUUUUUUUCAUAUUAAAUUAUGUUUCAUAGCUAAAUAUUUGAUAUUAAAUGAAAGGCCUGUUUCCCCUGAAUAAAAUGAUAUAUAAUAAGGGUGGGUGCCUUUUAAUAUGAAAGAGGUGAAUUAUGGUUGGACAGACAUGUAGCACAAAUGCCAGGUUUUGUUUACAUUUUGUUUCCUUCACAACGUGUACAUUUGGCUCAAUCUUUAAGGGGUUAAAAAGGUUGUUUACAUUGUAAAGCCUGCAGUGACAUGCUGCAGACACCAGAAAAACUACAUUAAGCUGCAGUGGUUCUAGUAGCGUCCCUUUUUAAGAAUUGCAUUUUUCUCGUUCAAAAUUAAACUUUGUUAGUUUAAAAAAGAAAUGGCUCCUAACUUUUUUAGCUUGCUCUUAGAUUCCAAACAACUUUGUAAAGCCCUGUCAUAUGCUUACUUUAUUCCCAAAUAAACAAGCUUUUCUUUCUUCAUAUCAAUUUAAAAUCUACUAAAAGGCAGUCAGAAAACUAGUCAACCCCAAGCACCCUAAAGACUAUCUGCUGAUGAUGACCUAUUUUGCUCCCUGUCAGAAUUACAAAGACUCCUGUUCUUUUGAGGCACAAACUAAUAAACACCACAAUCUACCUUGCAUUCUAUGGAUUUCUCUAACCGUAAGUCAACUAAAACAGAUCUAUGUUUAAAAGUUGGCCAUAUUUAAAAUAAUCAUUUAGACCACUAUACUCUCUCACUGCCCCAUUUGAAAUCCAACCAGAUGAUAAGCCAUAAUAAAUGGUGCUUUGUUAAAAUGUUAGACUAGUUAUCCACCAUCCAUUUAUCCCAUCCCAACUGUUAUUUUCUCUUUGUGGUGCUAUUCUUAAAGCCACAAAAUGUAAUACUAUAUAUGAGAAUGUUACUCAUAAGACUAGGCCUGAAUCCAGUAUUCCAUUCAGAAUAGGGGCAGGUUUUUUUUUUUGUUUUUUUUUUUAAUUCUCAACAUUUUGCCUGGUUCUAAUGGCCUCUCUUCUUAAUUAAAGGGUUUCUCAAAGCACCAUGACCAUUAUGGUUAUUUAAAGUCGUCGUGGUGCAUAGAGUAUGUAUGUACACCAACCUAGAAUGAAAUGCUGCCUAUAUGGAGGUUGGCUGCUAGUGGUGUAACUCUCCCACCAGCAUCAUUAGACAGCCUGGAGUUCCAGGUGGCUAAUGUGAAUUCUGUGAUACUUUUGUCUGAUACCAGCACAUUGGCAGGAAGCCCCCUAAACACACUUUCGCCAGUGUCCUCUCCUUAGCAGCCACUUCCAGUGAGGGAGAAUGACGUCAGCCGAGGAAGAUCAGACUGCAUUAAGAUUUUGGCUGUGGUACUGGAACAAAAGUCAGGUGUGUUUUGUGUUUUUGUUUUUUGUUUUGUCCUACAAGAAUACCUUUCCUGAAGAAUUCACGUUGAUGUCACUGCUCAUAGCCUGGUUUAAAGAACUUUAAACUGGACCAUGUAGAAAUGGAUAGCAGCUGCAGUUUGUAAUGCAGCUGCAUCUGCGGAACAACUAAUAUAUCUCAUGUUCCUAAUAUUAAAUCUCUCUCCAUCUUUCCCCCGGAGUAUUUGUUCCUUAAUCAGUACCCUGCCAUGCAUGAGCUGUGGGAAUAUGGGAUCAUUACUGUUAGAUCUUUUGUUAAUAUAUGUUUGAUACUGUGGUAUUAAGGCAGGUUCAGUGGGAUGUCAAUGUCUCAUGAGAGGCAUGCAAUCCCAGAGCACAUAGGCACCAUGCUAACAGCACCUUCAACUGAGGUGCCUGUGUGUAUUAAUGCCAUGGAAUAAUCUAACACAGGGGUCAGCAACCUAUGGCACGUGUGCCAUGCAUGGCACACCAGGUGCUUUUGCAUGGCACUCAAGGCUGCCAGAGCCAAACAGACUUUGGCCUACGAAGAGUCCCAGUGCGAUCUCAUAUCUGCUAGUGCAAAUGGAUCAGUGAUUGCAGGUGGUGAGGGGCAAUCUUCAGCUUACGCAUUGCAGCAUGUAGAGGAGGUUAUCUCAGAAAACAUCCUCCCAGCACUUGUCAAACGGAAUCCACACUGGAGUAGAGAAACCCACAGCAGCUAUCACAUCUCCUGUCCGUGACCUGUGUCUGGCCUACCCAGUCCACACUGCUAGAUAUACACAGCUGGAGAAGAAGCCUCCCCCACAUACAAGUAAUACAAACAGUCCACAUAGAGACGCCACAGACAAUCCACACAUACACACAACCAGCCUCUCAGAUGCAAUAACACAAACCGUCCCACACAUACACAAACCACCAAACACACAAUGUGAAAUAUCAGUCAUACAAUUCAACAAGCAGCCCCCAUACACAGCCCAGAUUCGUAGGUAUGAAACACAAUACCACAAACUACUCAUGAACAUAUAUAACAGCCACAUACACACAAAUACAAUGCUACAAAGCAACUGUAGCACCCAAAAUUAAUUAAAUCAGUAUAUAGCAACACGCACAUCUCAAUAAAAAAAAAAAAAAACGGAACGGCAUGCCAAGAGUAGUCAAGAUCUUGUUUGUAGCACAAUACUGCUGAAAGGUUGCCUACCCCUGAUCUAACACUACUCUGGAGCUACCUUAGGUGUUCUCACAAGUGGGAGGAUUCUGUAUGUGAGCCCUAAAAAGAAGGGGGGUGGGAGGGGGUUACUGUGUUGGCACUGUCACACUGGUCAGGGAACGAUGGCAGGUAUACUGCAAAAACUGACACACCUCUUAAUUAUUCUGUUUCCUUUUUUUUUUUUUUUUUUAUAUUUUAUUUUCCAAUAUUAAAUCAACAAGACAUAAACAGAAAUACAGUUGCAUGCAUACAUACAUACAUAGCGGAGCACAAGGUGUUCAUACUAUAUAUCUUAUAUCGUUUAGAUAAUACUUCUUAAAGUCCUACUUAUAGUUAACCGUGCUCAGCUAUCAGAAUCACUAAUUACAUAUAAAACAUAAUACACAUAUUUACACGCCGGCAGGAGUAGUUAGGGGGGCUCUGUGACUUGAUCCCAGUAUUCAUUGUCCAAAAAUAAACAAGUAUACUAGUACGCUGUUCUAUUGUACUACACUUGUAAUAAUGUUAUGCUCUCUAUUCAAACACACUCUGUAUACUUUAUACUCCGUCUGCCUACAUCUCACAAUUUUUUUUAUUUUUUUUUUAACCAGAACCCGCUGUAAUCUUCUUUAAAUCCUUUCUUUGUACCUUUUAUAUAAUAUAUAUAUAAUAAUAUAUGUGAUUCCAUCUUUAGUUGGAAAUUAAUUUGAGAUAACACCUUAUCUAAAGAGAAGGGUAUGGCAUUUUUCCAGUUUUGUGGUGCUUCAAUUGCCACAGGUAUAUAAAAUCAAACACCUAGCCAUGCAGUCUGCAUUUACAAACAUUUGUGGGGGGAAAUGGGUAGUUUUGAAGAGUUUAGUGAAUACAAGCAUGGUACUGUGAUAGGAUGCCACCUUUGCAAUAAGUCAGUUCGGGAAAUUUCAUCCCUUCUAGAUAUUCCAAUUGUAAGUGGUAUUAUAAAAAAAGUGGAAUAGCAGCAACUCUGCCACAAAGGUGUGUGGGGUAUGUAGUAGGGCUUCGUGCCACCGUAGCGAAGUCGAGUACGACCCCUUGCCUAUGGGGGUCACGGGGAGAUCUAGUUAGGCAGUUGUUGUUAAACAUCGUGAGUCGUUGUAGGUGCUGAGCUGCUCCCUUAUACUUAGAAAGGCACAAUACUUGGUUCUCCAUUAAAGUAUAAAAGUAAAAUUCAACUAAGUAAGAAAAGAAACAAAAUAAAUGUUAUAUAUCAUAUGGUGAGAUAGAAACUGUUAGGCUGAUAACAUCAGCGAUACUAGGUGAGCCAUAUGGCUGUUUUAUUCCAGUCUCCUCUGGGGGGAAUGAGACACAUCCCAUGUGUGAGGUGUGGGCAUGGAAGGUGUCUCAGAUUUUACACUUUUUCGCAGGAGCAAUGGAGGGUCGCGUCCAUGCAGUUAAGCAGCUAGGCUCUGCCCCUAAUUUCCUGAUCUUAAUACAAUUUUCAAUAUAUAUAUAUAUAUAUUUUUUUUUUUAUUUUUUUUUGCAGAGAAUGAUGAUGGUCAAUUUAUCUCACCGUUUCAUGACAUCCCCCUGUACCCAGAAACCGAUAAGGCAAGUUACAUUAUUUUCUAUGGUGAAAUGUAUAUUUUUACACGAUCUAUAUUUGUCUACCUGUAAUAUAUUGGUAAAGUGUGUGUGUAUAGUAAAUGUAAUUUUAAGGUCCCAAUAUCCUUUUACAAUCUUUGUAUCAUGUAAUAUUUUUAAACCACAUUAUUUUGCAUUUUAUAUGCCCACCAAUAUCCUUCUUUAAAUGGCUAUAUUGUUCUUUCUGUGGAUGAGCUUUUUAUAUUCGGUUUUAGCCCUGUGUAAUGUUAUGUAUUUGGUAAGUAUUUUGUGCACCAGAAUAUCUGCAGGGCAUCUCCUAUCUAAGGCAGCUUCAUCUACUAGGAGUUGAAGACUAGAAGAUGGUGGUGGUACAAGGAGGGGGGUUUUAGGCACGCAUAUCUUCAUCAAUGUUGCUUCAAGAACAAUUAUGCAAGCAAACAUUUUUAUGUGAACGGUCUAUUCAAACAAAACAAGCCACAAGGUACUUUAAAGUGGCAGUGCACAUUGGUUGGUUUAGUCAGUAGACAGAUAUUUAUUGAUUGUGGACCUUUUCCUUUAUGUUGCAUAAAGCAUUCAUAUUUAAUACAAGCCAUAAGGCAUUGUUUAUGCUUUCAUAUCACUUGUGCUGUAAACAUUUGUAUUUUGGUAUUAAAGCAACACUAUAGUCACCUAAAUUACUUUAGCUAAAUGAAACAGUUUUGGUGUAUAGAUCAUUCCCCUGCAAUUUCACUGCUCAAUUCACUAUCAUUUAGGAGUUGAAUCCCUUUGUUUCUGUUUAUGCAGCCCUAGCCACACCUGCCCUGACUAUGGUUGACAGAGCCUGCAUGAAAAAAAAAAAAAACAACUGGUUUCACUUUCAAACAUAUGUAAUUUACCUUAAAUAAUUGUAUCUCUAAAUUAAAUCACAUACAAGAGGCUCUUGCAGGGUCUAGCAAGCUAUUAACAUAGCAGGGGAUAAGAAAAUCUUAAUUAAACAGAACUUGCAAUAAAGAAAGCCUAAAUAGGGCUCUCUUUACAGGAAGUGUUUAUGGAAGGCUUAGCAAGUCACAUGCAGGGAGGUGUGACUAGGGUUCAUAAACAAAGGGAUUUAACUCCUAAAUGGCAGAGGAUUGAGCAGUGAGGCUGCAGGGGCAUGUUCUAUACACCAAAACUAGAGAUGUUGCGAACUGUUCACGAACGGCUCGCCGCGAACCGUUCGCGGCGAGCUCUGGUCAGCUGACACAUCCCGGCCAAUCUCCAGCAGACCCUCCCUCCCACCUCCUGGACAGCAUCCAUGUUGAAGCUUGCCCAGGGAAGAUUUUAAUUUUUGUGUAUUUUAUUUACAAUAUAUUUAUAUGUAUAUGUCACUUCAAAUUAAAGGCUUUUUUGUCUUUAAAAAAGAGAAUUUCUAAAUAUUGUGUUCAGUAAAUGAAGAUGGAACUUGUGGUUGAACACACACAGCAAACAUUGCUUUGAUCAUUAUGUGACAAACCAAUGAAGCUUGGUCCUUAAAGGGUUAAGCUGCCUGGCUUUCAACUGAUCUCUCGUUUUGUGUUGUUUUUUUUAUUGGGGGGCGGAAAGAUGGCUAUUCUUUUUCCUAAUAAUAUUAUAUUGCAACUUGUGGUUUUGUUUCUUUAUGUGUUCUAAAUAUGUCAUUUUUUUCCCCUUUUCUUUUUCCCAGGACGUUGAUGUGCCUGCAAAGAAAUCAAAGCCUAAUUGGAAUAAGGUUCUCUUCAGCAUUUCCACUGCUAGCAUUCCCCACUAAAGUACUCUCUACAUAUGACACUCAUUAGUGCCCCUAGCCAGCUGUAAUCAGUCUGUUGGUGUGUGCUCCCUUCCAUCAUGUUCGAUUCAGUACUUCCAACUCUGUGUCAAAGCAUAGGUGCUUCCCCUUUACACACUAUUUAAGCAUGGCCUUGCCUGUUAACACUUGGGGGAGGAAAUGAACAUUAUUGCCUUCUAAAUCUUGCAGCCAAAAUCUAGGAGUUAUAGCCUAAUUCAUUUAUAUAGAGCUGUCCUAAAAUCUACAUUGAAAUGGUCUUUAAUUCGAGACGAAGCAUUAAUUAUAAGGAUUAAUACCUCUGUUUGCUCUAUUCCCUUAUACUUGCUAAAUGACUAAUGCAUUGGAUUUCACAUUGGAAACCUCUGUAAAGCUUUUUGGAUAUCCUGCAUCUUUAGCUAUUAUUCCAACUCUGCAACUGCUCGUGUCACUUUGCUAGUUACUCAUUUUCUCAAUUAUUUUGGGCAUGUGGCAAUGGAACACGAAGGCUAAUCUGAAACUGUUUUUUUUUUUUUGUUUUUUUUUUAAAUGGUUGUUCUGGCUAAGGGGUAGGUUUUGCAAAGGAAGAUAUGAUUUAAAAAAAAGACUAUAUUUAGGUAAUAAAAUAUAUAUAUAUAAUAUUAGUAAUUUUUGUUUUUAUUUUUAUUAGAAUGUAUUUAACAUGGUGGUGGAGGUUCCUCGUUGGACAAAUGCUAAAAUGGAGGUAACUGAUAUUUAUUUUGGUGGUGUGUAUGUAGUUGUUGUUGUUGUUGUUGUUGUUGUUGUUUUAUUUAUUAAUUUAUUUUAUGCCUAAGCCCAUCUGUGUACAUCUAUCUGGCUUUGUCUGUUUAUGAUAAUUGUUGGAGCGUUUGUGUGUAAUAUAUCCCAUUUCCUCUCUAGAUUGCAACUAAGGAACCUUUAAAUCCCAUCAAACAAGAUGUUAAGAAAGGAAAACUAAGAUAUGUAGCAAAUAUCUUCCCGCAUAAAGGAUAUAUAUGGAAUUAUGGUGCACUUCCCCAGGUUAGAAAUGUUUACAUUGUUUUCAAGUGUUAAUACAUUUGGUGUUUCUACUUUGUUUUCAUAUUCUUGGUUUUUCAACGUGUGUGUGUGUGUGUGUGUAUAUGUGUGUAUGUGUAUAUAUAUUUAUAUUAUAUGAUAUGAUAUCUUACCGGACUUAAAAACAAAAAAAAUUAUCGAAUUUAUAUUAAAAAUCGACCAACGUUUUAGUCCCCGUUCUGGACUUUCUUCAGGGUCUGAAUAACUGGACAACUAAUAUUGUGUAUACAGGCAAACAUUAUAUAGUCAUAUAUAUAUAUAUAAUUCGUAAAGAAACUCACCCAGGUGUCUCUCACCUGCCAUCCAUCGGGACCAUUGCGGCUUCCGGAUGUGUGUGUGUGUGUGUGUGCGCGCCCCGCCCACCAUGCCAGUGACGGUACGUGUUGGCGUGGUGGAUGUGUAUUGCUCCCAAUCACCAUGGUGACCAUGUAAACAAAGCCCCCUCCAAUGUGAAUCAGACUUAGAGAUAAGGUGGAUACUUGGUGAUAAUAAUAUUAUGCUAAACCAAGUAUAUUAGUAGGACAGAUGAAACAUCAUGAAUUCAAGUGCAAUUGUGUAUACUAGAAACAUGAUGCAAAUUCCAUGUUUAAAGUGACAAUUGUAAGUGAUAUACAAAUCGAAAAAUCAUUUGAGUUGGUAUAGUGAGGAUUCAUUCACAAAGGGAUGUAAAUAACCCUCUUAAAUGUGGAUUCAGUGACUGUAAAGUGCUGCCAUGCAAUAUAAUAAUAAAGUGCUGUGCUGUUUUUUGAAUAUGUUCAUAUGAACAAAGCUGCAGAGACAUUUGACUGUCAGCCAUUACAUUAAUGAUCUACCAUAAUCGUCAUUUAGCUUAAAUGAGUAAUUAUCUGGUUCUUUCUGUAUUGAUUGCAGAACAGUGAUUUAAACGGACGCUAUAGUCACCAGAACAACUUUAGCUUAAACAGUUUUUGUGUAUAAAUCAUGCCUCUGAAGUUUCACUGCUACAUUCUUUGCCAUUUAGGAGUUGUGACAAAUUGAGCCUCAUCACGUGUUCUUGGAGAGGCCUGCUUGUCAGCCUCUUACCUCAGGACUAUGGGCCAGGUCAGCGACUAUAAAGACCCAUAUUUUAUUUCCCCCGGUUCGGCACUUUACAUAGUACUGAACGCUAGCUCACUGGCAGCUGUUCGCAUAGACCAAAACCGCGAAUAGACUUUAGGGGGACUCAGCCGCGAAUGUCCUGGAACUAUUUUCAGCGUGAAAACUUUGGGGUUCCCGGUCGGUUCCCCAGCAGCACUUAGCCGCGAUGCUAUGGAUCUGUUUUGGGCAUGGGACCCUGCGUAUGGUCAACCAUAACUGGGGGAGAGGGCGAAGUUUCACAGCGGAGCUGAAUGGUCGCACUUCAACAGAGCUCCGGGCAUAACACACUAUUAAAGCCUUCAAAUCUGGCACUAUACCUCGACUGUGGCCACAAAAACCACAGGCACAAGGUGACAAAGGCACGAUAGGUCGAAAGACAAUAAUACAAAAGCCAAACUAGCCCCGCAUGGUACUUAAUAUUGGUGACCUCCUGCGGCAGGCACAAGUUUGAACUAGGCCCAUGACGAGCGACUACCCAGAAACCUAUUCUCACCUUUCUGAUGACUUGUCGUUGGGGUGACUAGGCUAGGGCUUCCAGCCCCAGACACUUCGCCAGUGACAUCUGUAUUGAAGGCACUACAGGCUGACCUGCAGGCUACCAUUUUGGCAGACACAAAGAUAAAGCACCGCGCUUGCAGUAGCUUAGUAUCCAACAGCUUAAAAUACAUAGUAAAAACAAAGAACGUUACCUGCGCUCUGGCCUAAAUCCCCAUGUACAUUUUAAACAAAAUGGAGGCUCUUUUGUUUUAUUCCAAUGACCAUUUGAAUAUAUAAGCUCACCUGCCACGUCAAGGCAAGCCUCAGUAGGUGAGUUCCUACACUAGCCAUUCGAGCCUCCAUUUUGUUUAAGUGUACAUGGGGAUUUAGGCCAGAGCGCAGGUAACAUUCUCUUUGUUUUUACCAUUUUGGCAGACCCUGCCUCCCUGAGAUCCCACAUAAAGGGCUUAACAGGCAGGCUGGUGACGGUAGAAACUACCUCGGGGGAACACACCCGGAGUCUGGACUCCAUGCAGCAGGAAAUCCUAGAGCUUAGAAAGCAACAAGAGGUGCAGGACAGGAAGCUAGCGGUUAUGGAAGACUUAAGGUGCAAAUCCCACAUAAAGAUCCGGGGAGUCUAAGAAGAAGUGCCAACGGCAGAACUACCACAUAUGAUGAGAAGACUCUUGGGAGCCCUGCUACCCGCACGCCAAGCUAAAACUGUAGGACUGGAGUGCUGCUUUUGCAUCCCCAAACCAAAGCGUGCCCCUGCUGCGGCUCUGAGGGACCUGGUGGUCCAACUAACCAACACCAGAGACAAAGCAGCAAUACUAGCGGCAGUUUGAGAAAAAGCCCCAUACCCAUUUGAAGGUCAGGCACUUACCUUUAUCAACGACAUCUCAGGAAGCACGAUGGUGUUGAGACAAUCACUGAAACAGUUCACGACUCUCCUUCGGAGCCGCGACUUGCCAUACAGGUGGUGCCUGAACCGCACGUUGGUUCUCCAUGGAGUGUCUCAGCACACCAUGCACAAUGUAGCGGAAGCAUCGGCCCUUCUGGAGGCCCUGGGGCUCCCGCAGGACUCCCUAACAUUAGAGAUGACCUAGGCAGCACCACCUACCACGCACUGCUGGGAUACGGCUGGAGCGACUCCCUUUGUCCCGAGACAGCCUGCACAAGGAGCGUAUGCUGCGGUUAACACCUGAAACCGAACUUGGGACUUUGCUUUCUCAUAUUUUGAGAGAGUUUUUAUGAAGUUAUAUCAUUUCACCUCACCUAGUUCUUUCGUUUUUGAGUUACAGUUUAGAUCACUCUCAGUGCUAGCCUGUGUGUGUGUGUGUGUGUGUGUGUGUGUAUGUGUGUGUGUGUGUGUGUGUGUGUAUAUAUAUACACACAAACAAACAUAUACUCGACCACCACAUAAAAUUCAGUUCACUGUAGGUCUGAUGCUCAUAACCUUUUACCUAAUCAACUGUUUGUUCAAACCUAUGAUAUCAUACAUAUUGCGUUUUUCCUUGUCAUGUAAGUGUAUAUAUGCGAAUUGCACAAAAAUAAAGGGGGGUGUGUGUUUUUUUUUAUUUAUUUUUUAUUUAUUUUUUUUUAUUUAUUUUUUUUUGUCACAUCCCCAGAUAGCCCUGACCUGAAUGACCAAAAUAUCCAUCACGAAAAUAUCGCCAUCACGGGGGAAGUUUUGACUGGCCUGCCCAAAAUAGUUCCGGGGAAAUUGUGGCAAUGGCCGGGCUCCGUUUGUGGGGUUGUGUACGAAAACCACAUAAGGUAUACGAAAGAUUAUACUUGUAGAAUGCUCCCCUUGUUCGGUAGUUAAUAACUCCCAAACGCUGUUCGUGUAGAUGGUCGGGAACUUGAACGGCCAGCAGGUCUAUCUUCACCGACGUUCGCGGGAAAACCUAGCCGAAAACCGUUCUAGGCACUCGACGACCAGAUCCCGCUGCCUGCGUUCGGGAGACAAGAUGGCCACCAUCCAUUGUCUUAACCAUGUGCUUUUGGUCGCACGAAAUGGCAGCCACCCAGUGGAGCAUUCUAUUGUUUCCUUUGCGGUUUUCGUACACCAAAUAUAACGAAUGUAAAUUCACAAAAUGAGCCGAAACAAAUGAUGAGGCAAUUCCUUCAGAGAGUACUUUUUUUUUACUUUCCUUUUUAAAGGGAAAUUAUUUGCUUAAAGGCUUACAAUCCCUUUUGUCACUUACCUGAUCCAGCACCGAUGUUCCUCGGUGCUGGGUCCGUCUCCGCUGCCACUCCCUUAUGGAUGUCCUCGUGCAACACGUCAUGAUGUCCAGCAUCAAUUUAGCAGACCAAAAGUCUGCUACGGCCCCGGAAGCGCCUCUAGUGACUGUCUUCUUGACCUCUACAGGGCUAACUCCACCUCUAAAGUAAUUAUUGCAGUUUAUCAAUAAGAUUAAGUGGUCUGGGUCCCUAUAGUGUCCCUUUUAAUAUGUAGAUGUUAGAUCAGUAUCUAAGAGUAUUGACUCAAAGAAACACUAUAGCAGGGCUCAACUAAUCCCAGGUCGCCACGUCGACUAGAAAUUUUGUCUUGGCAGCGUAGGAGGUGGUGCGUGAGGAAGCAGUUAUCCUGCAGCUCCUCUCUGCUCCCUCAUGCGGUUUAGUGAUGUCGGAAGCCAAAAUAGAAGUCACUCAGGCCCCAACAUCACUACAGGGAGCAGAGAGGAACUGCUGGUAGAGAAGUGGGCAGCCCCACUGGACCACAGGGAAAGCAACUCUGCUCUCCCAUAGGUAGGGAGGCUGGGUGGACAUAAACAAUAUAACAUUUUUAUUUUCAUUUUUGUGAAAAUGUAUGUCAUGUGUCAAUGUGAAUGUGUUUGUCUGACAGUGUGUCUGUUUAUGUACCUGCCCACCUCCGAUCGCACAGGAAAGGUGUUUUUACUCACCUUUUUUCCCAUGCCAUGCUGGUUUCGCUGUGGCUGGUCCCGCCUCCAUGGCUCAGAUUAUCAAUCUUUAUGAUCUCAGCUAAGUCAAUGUUUUCCUAUAGGAAAGCUUCAGGAGAAUAUGACGCAUGUGCAGCAUCUCCUCAUAGGGAGGCAUUGAAUCAAUGCAUCUCUAUGGGGAACAUUUAGCGCCUCAGUGCGUCAGAUUAGCGUCUAGGAAUCGCUUCUACUGGCCGUCUGAGUGACUGCCAUUAGAGGUGUCUCAAGGCAGCAAUGUAAACCCUGUCUUUUCUCUGAAAAGGUAGUGUUUUCAAUGAAAAGCCUUCAGUGACAUGCUACAUACACCAGAACAACUGCAUUAAGCUGCAGUGUUUCUGGUGACUAUAGCAUCCCUUUAAUAAUUGCAUUUUUAUAGUGCAAAAAGAAACUUUAUUAUAUUUUUUUUAUUUUAAAUUAACAGUCUCCUAACUUUUUUAUUUUUUAUUUUUUUAAAGCUGACUCCUAGAUGCCAAACAAAUUUGUCAAGCCCUGCACUAUAGCAUUAGGAAUACAAACCUGUAUUCUUGGCACUACAGCAUUAUAUGAUCUAUUUCGAUUACUGCCCAACCCCCUGUUUAUUAUAAAUAAUUAACUCCCCUAUUAGCCAAUGCUGUGCUGUCUGCGUGCUAUUAUCCGGCCUCCCUGGCUGAGAGGGAAGCCAUAUCACCAUGCCCCCCCUGCUACCCAGUUUAUUUAAAAAAAGAAAAAAAAAAAAAAAGUUAUUUUAUGUACUUAUUUGUCUUUGCCUUGGUCACUCCCGACCCCACGCCCUGUCCCCUUACUGGCUGAGUUUAACAAUCCUAAUGAUCUCUGCAUACCUAGUGUUUUCCCAUAGGGAUGCAUGUGGGAGGCAUUAGUGUCCAUGCACCAAUCAACAUCUCCUAAUAGAGAUUCAUUGGGGAGCGUUUGGUGUCUCCAUGUAGAGUCCUGGUGUCUGUCCAAGUGCUUGUUAACUAGCUAUGCUCUUAAAGGAACACUAGAGUGGAACACUAGUGUCAGGAAUACUAACCAAUUAGUCUCAGCCAAUCCAGUGCUUUCACAUAGGGAAGCAUUGGGAGGCUAAUGCAUGCACGCACCUCAAAAUGCUGCAUUGCGCCAAUCGGCAUUUCCUCAUAGAUGCAUUGAAUCAAUGCAUCUCUAUGAGGAACAUUCAGUUGCAGAGCGUGAAGACUCUGAACGUCAGUGCAUCAUAUUGUGCAGAAAAGUAAUAAACUCAAAGCACACAUUUCAAAGAAAAGAUUUAAUUCAAUAAAAAAGAUAAAAUACACCCAUAAAUAUGAAGUGUGUAUGUGUGUGUGAUAUAUAUAUUUAUUCUGAAACCAAUCCUGCAGCAUAUUGUGAAGCACCUCUUGUGGUUGUCUGAGUGACUGCCACUAGAUGUGUCCCUAGGCAGCAAUGUAAACUCUGCCCUUUUCUCUGAAAAGGCAGUGUGAACAUUAAAAUACCUGCAAGGACAUACGAUACAAACCAGAACUACAUUAAGCUGUAGUUGCUUAUGUGACUAUAGUGUUUCUUUAUACAGCAAUAUAAACCCUGCCAUUUUUCAUACUUGGCAGCGUCUACAAUUCUAAACUAUCAUGGACAGGCUUUUUGCUGGUGCCUAUAGAGUCCCUUCUAAGAUUUUCACCUUUUCCUUAUAACUAGUUUCGUUUUUUUUUUGUUUUUUUUUUUUCAGACCUGGGAAGAUCCUAAGCACAAAGAUGAAAGUACAAAGUGUUGUGGAGAUAACGAUCCAAUUGAUGUCUGUGAAAUUGGCUCAAAGGUAACAUCUUUACCUCUCAAUAUGAGUUGCAAGAGGUCAAAUUUAGUUUGCUGUGUUUUAUUUUAAAAUAUACCAGUUAUCUAAUUUUAGUCUGCAGCAUUUACAAAAAGACAUAGGAAGGUAAGAAACAUACUUUUUUUCCUUUUUUUUUUUUUCCUUGUGUUGUAAAAUGGUUUCUACUAUUUUGAAUAUAUUUAGCGAAUUAUUUUAUACAAAACCAAAUGUUUGGGGUGACAUUCACUCUUAACUCCACAGCAGAAAGGACUCUGGUAAAACAUUUUUUUUUUUUUUUUUAUAAUUCUUUAUUUUUGCAACGGUAUGGAGUAGACCAUGCAUAAGGUUUGGCUCGUGCAAGAGCGUUUCAAAAGUACAUACACAUGUCAGGUACAUAUGAGGAUUUUUAACAUCUCUACUUUCAUCCGUUGUGGUUGUUGGUAUUAUUGUUUCAACAAGAACAUUGUGUAUAGAAAAAUAAAAUAACUGAACUGUGGGCCGGGAUACCGGUCAUCUCGGUCCAAACGGUCAUGGGUUGGGUGGGGGGAGAGAAGUUGAGGUAGGUUGGGGGGGGGGGCAAGGGUGCAGUCCAUCGUUAGCGUUUGCGACUCCUUUCUGCUACAUGGUCUUUAUUGGUCUUACUGGUCAUUAUAGGUCUCCCACGGUUCCCACGUCUUAGUAAAAGCUUUGGCUGUGCCCCUAAUUUGGGCCGUGAGUUUGUCCAUUAAGUGGCAUUCUUUGAUUUUGUUAAUCACUAUUGCUACUGAGGGGGUGUCCUGCUGUAACCAGGUCUGGGCUAACGCUCUCCUGGCCGCUAAGGUUAUUUUGUCAAACAGAUGCUGGUUUGGUUUGGACCAAUUCUCCUGAGGUCUGGCCAGUAGGAACGUCCAAGGGUUCAGUGUCACUGGCCUAUCGAAUAUUUGGGUCAUGAGGGUUCGAAUGGCCGUCCAAUAAAUUUUAAUCUUAGGGCAGUGCCACCACAUAUGGGUAUAUGUCCCUCUCUCCCCACAAUUGCGCCAGCAGAGGUCUGUGGGUGUUUUUUUCAUGUGAUAUAGCUGAACAGGGGUGGUAUACCACCUGAACAUCGUUUUGUAGGCCUGCUCUUGCAUCGUGACGCAAAUAGAAGUUUUAGCAGUGGCCUGCCAUAUGUCCUGCCAGUCUACCCCCUCUAAUGUUUCCCCAAGGUCGGUUUCCCACUUGUCUGUGUAGUGGAGGGUGCCCCAGUCCCGUGUAGUGGAGCAGAGAUGGGAGUACAAGAGGGAGAUCAAUCCCUUUUGGUAGCGCUCGGCCAGGCAUAUGUUUUCAAAGAAUGUUGGUUUAGCUAGUGCAGCUCUUUUAACAGGUUCUUGGUAGCAUAGUGUCUUAGCUGGAGGUACCUAAAGAAAUCUGCGGGGGUUAGGGUUGUUCUGGUUUGUAAUUCAGCGAAGGUGAUUAUGUCGUGACCUGUGUAGAGUUGAUGAAUUCUUUGUAGGUCUGCAUUUUCCAGGCCUUUGAAAUCUCUGGGUCUCAUGCCUGGAAUAAAUGCCCUAUUUCUGUAUAUGGGGGUAAGGGGGGAGGACGAUGUUGUUAGUUCGUAUUUUGUGGCAUAUUUGUCCCAGAUGUGAAUCGAAUUUGUAAUAGCUGGGCAGGUAGUCCUUAAAAGUGCUCUAUGCUCUUUCGGGGUCCAUAUGUAAAACUGAGGGAGGUCCGAUUUCAUAAUCAGGGAUUCCAGGUCCACCCAUCUCCUGGUGUCCGGAGGGGUGUGCCACAUCGCUAUUUGUGUCAAGUGGGCUGCAAUGUAGUAGAAAUGUAUGUGUGGUAGGCCUAAUCCCCCUCCGGGUUUGGGGCGAUAUAGAAUAUUACGGGCCACUCUGUGCCUUUUGUUGUGCCAGAUAAAGCGGUCAAUGGCCUGCUGUAGAGGCUUUAAGUCUUGUUUCGUUAUGGGGAUGGGUAGGGCCUGGAAUAGAAAAAGGAUACGCGGUAGGAUGUUCAUCUUUAUUGAAUGUAUCCUGCCAAUCCAGGAUAUGGGUUUAUCCGCCCAGGUCUCCAUGUCCGUUAUGAGUUUAGUGAUUAGCGGGGAGUAGUUAAGUUGGUGUAGUUUCGUGAGGUCUGCCGGCAGUUUUAUGCCGAGGUAGGAGAGGUAGGUCGGUGCCAUGCGUAUGUGAUAGUCUGACGUGAUUUGGGUGGUCUCAUUCUGCGCGAGUAGUAUUGGGAGUGCGCUGGAUUUCUCCAUAUUGACUUUGUAGCCUGAUAUUGUACUGUAGUUUUGCAAGAGGGGCAUCAGCGCGCGCAUGGAGCGGAUGGGGUUAGUUAAUGUGAUGAGAACGUCGUCGGCGUAUGCGGAGACCAGGAACUCUUGGUCUGUUAUCUUUGCCCCCGUAAUUUCGGGGUGUUCUCUGAUCGCCUGUAAAAGGGGUUCGAGUGUUAGUGCAAAAAGUAACGGGGAUAGGGGGCAGCCCUGUCUAGUUCCGUUAUAGAUGUUAAAUCGUGGGCUGUUUGAUCCGGUCAGCUGUAUUUGGGCUGUCACGUCUGUGUAUAGCGCCCGUACUGCCGUGAUGAAGGUGGGGGGUAUGUUUAAAUGGCUUAGUAGUGUGAACAUGUAUGGCCAGUUCACCCUGUCGAACGCUUUUUCAGCGUCUAGGGACAGGGCAAUCGCUGGUGUGUUGGUUGUAGUGAGUGUCCAUAUCACGUCUAUGUUCCGUCUGGUAUUUUCAAAUAACUGCCUGCCGGGAAUAAACCCGACCUGGUCUGCGUGGAUGAGCCGCGUGAGAUGCGGGUUCAGUCUUGUCGCUAAUAUUUUGGCAAAGAUUUUACUAUCAUGGUUUAUUAGUGAUAUGGGUCUAUAUGCUUCUGGUAGGGUGUGGUCCUUGUCUGGUUUGGGUAAGAGUAUGAUAUGUGCCUGUGUCAUGUCCUUGGUAGGAGGGGUUCCCUCGAGUAGUUCGCGGAAUAAAGUCUCCAUGUGUGGGAGUAGUAUCUCACGAAAGGUUUUGUAGUAGCUCCCCUCGUAGCCAUCAGGGCCCGGGGCUUUGUUGCUCUUCAAGGAGGAUAUGGCCAUAUUGAUUUCGUCUGUGCUGAUUGGGGCUGAUAAUUCUUCUAUGGCUGCGGUGUGGAGUUUGGGUAGGUUGAGGCGCGCUAAGAAUUCCGACGUCCUCUGGCAAGCUGUCUGAGUGUGCGUAUGACUUUGGGGGGUGUGGUUGUAUAGGGCUGCGUAAUAGGAGGUAAAAAUCUGCGCUAUCUCUGUCGGUGUGGUUUUCAUGGUGCCGUCGGGGGCUCGUAUGGAUGUAAUGUGAGGACGUUGCGUUCUAGGGCGGAGUGUCCGAGCGAGUAGUGUGUCCAUUUUAUUCGAUUUGUCGUAGUAUGUCCGUUUAGUCCAUGUUAGUGCUCGCGCUGUGUCAUUUAUUAGUAGCUGCCUGAUAGCUAGGCGCGUGUCUAGUAGGUGUUGUAACGUUUGCGGAUUCGGGUCUGUUUUGUGGCUCUGUUCCGCUUUACGAAGGGAGUCUAGAAGUUGGGUCAGUUUUUGGGUUUUCAAUUUCUUUUUAUGUGUCGCUAUUUUGAUAAGGUGUCCCCGAAUGACGGCUUUGUGCGCUGCCCAAAUUACAGUCAUCGGGAUAUCUGGCGUUAUAUUUUCUGUGAAAUAUGUCUGUAGUUGUGUUUGUAGUUCAGUUACAACUAGUGGGUCUUGAAGGAGGGAGGUAUUUAGCUUCCAUGUCCACGGUGUUGGACUAUAUAGGCCUUCCAGAUAGAUGGCUAUGUCUGCGUGAUCUGACCAGGCUAUAGUGCCUAUUUCUGUUUUUUGGGUUUUAGUGAAGCCUAUUUGGUUGGUCAGGAAGAUGUCAAUACGAGAGUAAGUGUCGUGGGGGGCAGAAUAGUAGGUGUAAUCUUUAUGACUGGGGUGUUGUGCCCUCCACGCGUCUAUGAGGCCCGUUUUACGUAUGAAGUCGUUGAGUUGUUUGUCUUGUCCUCCUUUGCCGUGGGAUCUGGAUAGUCCCGGGCGGGAGCUUCUGUCUGCAGCUGGGGAAGGGGUGGCGUUGAGGUCGCCCCCCAGGAUCACCACUCCAUUGGGUAGUGACAGGACUUUAUCUGCCAGUUGGUUCCAGAAUUGCAGGGAUGGGGUGUUGGGAGCGUAGAUGUUGAUUAGGUGUAUGGUUUGUGUGUAUAUUUGGCCCGUCGCUAUGAGGUAUCUGCCCUCUGUGUCGUUGUCUAUGUGAGUGAGGCGCAUAGGGCAUCGUUUAUGGACGAGGAUAGUUACCCCGUUUCGUUUUUGGAAGGCACGCGCUUCUGCUGCGACCCGGUAGGAAUGGUCGCGAAGGGAGACCUGGGCGGAUCUAGGUAAGUGUGUCUCCUGCAGGUACGCGAUGUCCGGGUUAAGUCUUUUUAGCUCCCUAAAAAGUGUGCGUCUCUUGCGUGGUGAAUUGAGGCCCUUAACAUUUAGUGAGGAUAUCUUUAGUGCCAUGUUGGUAGAGUGAAGAUGGUUUUUGUGUUAUCUAGCCGUGUGGGGCAUGGCGUGGGGGGUGAUCUACUCCCAUCUCUGCUCCGCCUCCCCUCAUUAGGAGUGGGGUUUCCGUGGGGCGAUAUAGUCAUAGCAAUUAGUGACCAGGGUGAUGGUAAGGAGUGGGUUGGUCUGCAGUAUGGAGACGUAUAGGAUGGCGUGCGAGGGGAAGAUGGGGAAGGGAGGUAGGAAAUCUGAGGGAUGAACGUGUGAACCCGUCUGGUCUUAUGCCUUGCCAGACUAUGGGGGGGUACUUGGGUCCUUGCCUCCUUCAGGGCUCUUGCCGCCCGAGGGGUCUGGGUCAUGAACCAAGUCACCGAGGGUGUCCCCUAUACCGUAAGGGUUGCUAUAGGUAUGAUAUGCCAAGCGUCACUGUUUUGUGGAGCUUAUUGUGGGUGCGAAUUCCCCGGUUGCCGGGGCUGGGGAUGUUAAUUGAGGUGGAGGGGUAGGACCCUUUGGAGAAGGUCAGUAGUAAGUCCGUGUUCGAAGUGAUAAGUUGGAGAGGAAUGAUGUAAGGAAAAGGUCCCGUCUCGUUGGGCUCUCAGAAUUGUAUACGGCCUAUACCGGGUCUCAUAGGAUCCUUAAGGCAUUCCCGGCCUGGGUUCCAUAUGUACCUGUAUUCUAAUGGCUGGGGUGUAUAAUGGGAGUUCGGGAGGUGGGAGCUAUGGUCUAUUUACCCCUCAGUCAGUGGUAGCGUAUCGUCGCGCCCGUACUGAUAUUGCAGAAGUGGGGCCGUCUAUAUAUGGAGCCUUGCUACUUCCGGUCUGCUCUGAUCUCCCUCCUGGGCAUCUCUGUUCGGGCUGACGUCUGCUCCCUUAACAUAUGCACUGAUAAUAAUCAUGUGAAUUUAAGCAACAAGAAAAAGAAAAAAGGGGUGGGGGCAAGGGACAGGGGCUACAUCAGUAAGCGUGAGUGUGGGCUAUUAGCAUACAGUUUGCAUAACAAUUAAACAUUUGCAUACAAUUAAGUAUAAACAUCAGGUACUCUGGUGAAACAUUAGGCUGUCCGUCUACGGUGUGUGGCUCUCCUUUCCAGCUGUAUGUCUGGCCUAAUGUGUUUCUAGUGUAACCCCUGUCUGUGCUAGAGUGCUUGUCCCGGAUGUAGAUCUCCGUCGUGUUAGUAAGUUGUGUGGGUGGUAUUUCCCCUUUUCUUUUUUCCCUUUCUCCCUUUCCCCCCCUUCUCCUUUUUUUCUUUUUUUUAUUUUUAUUUUUUAUUUUUAUUUUUUGUUAUGUUUCGGUAAUAGGGAUGGGUUUCUGUCUGUCAAUCCUAUUGUGUUCCAAUUCUCUAAGUGUGUGUGAGCGGAGCUCGCGUGUGCUGUUUGUGCCCCACAACCUAUUUAUAUGAGUCCAAAAAUACAUUACAGUUCCGAUGAGAGAUGUCGGGGGCCGCCGUGGCAGACGCAUGGCCGGCCAUCAGUCUAUUCGUGUCUUUUGCAGGUCGGUGUAGCGGCCUUGUUGUUGCAGCUGGAAAUGUUUGUCCCUAGUCCUGGUUCUGAUGUGGUUGGCGGGUGGUCUCCUAGCAGUUGCUGAGCUCAGCGCUGCGCCUUGACAGGUUGCGAAAUGUUCUCCGGUGGCGUCUUGCUUGGUGCGUUCUGAGUCCUGAGAGUCCCUGGUGAAGUUGUCUUGAAAGAGAGCGGGUGAAUAAAACGUUGUGGGUGGCAGCUAGGGUGAGUUUUUUUUUUUUUGUUGUUUGUUUGGGUUUUGCUUUGCUGUUCGUUUGUGUUUUAUUGGCCCGCGGCCAUAUGCCAGUCUCUCGGCAGGGUGCGGAGUGCCGGGAGCGCGGUCGUAGGCAAUCUGAGGUCGUUGGGGGGCGCUAUUCCCAGUUCGCGUAGAAACGGUAUAGGAUUUGCUCCUGGCAGGAGAACAUGAGGCCUACCCUGCUUGAAGACCAUCAAUUUGAAGGGGUGGCCCCACGCAUAUCGCACCGAGUUGUUUCGGAGCAGCUCCGUGACUGGACACCACUCACGCCUGCGCUGGAGCGUGACGGGGGCCAGGUCCUGGAAUAAGGUGAGCGCUGUGUUCUUGUAGGUGAUCGGGGUGUCUCGGGCCCUCCUGAGUACUGCCUCUUUUGUUCGGUAGUGUAAGAAGCGCACUAUGACGUCUCUGGGUCUUGCUGUGUCUUCCCGUCGGGCACGGAGGGCUCUAUGUGCCCUGUCCAGAUGCCAGUGUUCUUCUGGGACGUCUGGGAGGAGAGGCUUGAGGAUGGCAAGUAUUGUUGCUGCGAGUGGGCCCUCGUCAGGCUGCUCAGGCAGGCCUCUUACCCGUAUAUUGUUGCGGCGCGUGCGAUUUGCCAGGUCCUCUAGGGCCGCUUCUGUUGCUUCUACACGCGCGGUUAGCAUGUUAAUAUGGUUUGUUGCCGUAUUAUGUGCCUCCACUGUAGCCUCCACCCGCUGCUCCAGCUCUGUCGUCCGCGCCCCCAGCGAGUGAAUUUCCGCCAUUACCGCUUUGGAGCUGCGUUCUAUCUCCCGGGCCAGAAAUGUUUUCAUUGCCGCCAUCUCUGUGAGGAUAUGCGCCGUCUCCGGUGCUGGGGACUGUGGCAUCUGGGGUGUGCCAGCGUCUGUGGGGGUGGUUGAGACCCGCGGGUCGUUUUCGGCGCCAUCUUGGGCCUCGUGGCGGCUAUGUCGCGAUGCCGCAAAUAGAUCUCGCACGGUAGCUGCUGCAUCGGCGGCUUUUUUGGGCUGCUUCCUGGGUGUCCUCCUGUCCAUCCUCAAUGGUGGGUGCAAGUAUAGAGGGCGAAUUCGCGGUUUCGUGGCUUUUGUUAGCUUGCGGUAUCGGGGUCGGUGAGGAGCGCUAGUGACUCGCGUCCAUCUUGGUUCCCGGUCAAGCCCCGCCUCCGGUAAAACAUUUUAAGGUCACCUGCAGUACAGAUCAUGGAAUUCAGUGUUCUCUUUUCAUUGACACUCAAUAGUCUUAUCAUGUGUAUUCUAAACAAUUAACUACAUUUUUUAAAGGGACAAUUUAGUCACUGUAACUGCUUCUCAUUGAAAUUAAUAAUAAUUGAAGUGUCUGUAGUCCCCUGAUGUCAUCUUUUUAUUAAUUGUUAAAUCAUUUUAAAUGUUUUAAUGCUAUACAAAUGUUCCCAGUAGCUCAGCCCCUCUCUGCUACCGUAUUCAUGCCUUUACUGGCAUGACAGCUAGCAUUUCUGGAAUAUCUACUCAAGAAUACCUGUCCUACUUAUUGUAUUUAUCUAUUUCUUAGUCUUCAACUGUUUUCCUAUUCACCUCCCCCCCUACAGUAUUACUGUUUAAUUGAAAACUAUUGUACCUUCCAUGCUAAACUUUUGCUCUGCUAAAGGAACACUUUAGUCUCACUCUCACUUCUCUAAUUGCCAAAAUCUCUCUAUCCUUCUGCUGACACCAUCUUAAUAGCUCCCACUAUACUUCCCUCCUCUCUCUGUUUAACCCAUGCACUUUACUCAUACUUACUCAGCCACCAACUCCUUCUAAAUCUUCCAAAUACAAGCUGUCACACCAAGUCCCAGCUGUCACUCAGUAGGGUUUUAUUUUUAAAAUAUAUUUGUACGUGUUUAAAAAGGAACCGUUUUAAAAUCCCACCCACCCAAUACAUUCCGUAAUAUUUUGCUAUAUUGUACUGUUGGACUUAAAUAAAUUGCAUUGUGUUAUAAAAACUUGUGAAGUUCAUUUACAGUGCAUGGAUAAUAAAAAUAAAUAUAUAAACACACAGAUGUUUGUUCCAUCUUUGGUGCUGUCAAUCUCUUCUUGUUUCUGUAUACGCUUCCUGUGUAUAGGAAUAGCCGCAUUCAUUAUGUUUCAAAUGAGCCAUCAUCUAGUUAUCACUAGUGGCUUGAAACCGUUAUUGCACUGUAUAUGACAGUUUUGUGUGUUUGUGUGCUUUUUUUAUUAUUGCCAUUUAUAUAGCGCCAACAGAUUCCGCAGCGCUUUAUAAUCUAUGAUAAAUUUUGUGUGUAUAUGAAACAAUGGCUAAUUUUACUUUUAGUCAGCGGUUACUGACCUUUUUAAUGUUUUGUUUGAUCUCUUGCAUCACACUGCUGAGUCUCUAUGGUCUGUGACUGGGUCGUUUGUUCGCUUAGAGACCAAACUAGUUUGUAUCACAAAAAAGAUACACAAAAUAAAAAAUACCUGCUUGCUAAAGGGACAUUUAGACAUUUUAGCAGGACAUUUUGUUUUUAUUUUAUAUAGAUCUUGGGGUAUUCUAAACUGUGAAGUUUAUUGACUUCAGUGACAAUUGUUGGGAAUUCAAAUUGCAUUUAAAAUUUUAGAGAAAAAUAGCCAAUCUGGAAGCGUUUUGAAUUUGAAAUUUUAUUAGAAUUUCCAGCAAUUUUCACUUUAGUAUAUAAUCCUGUUAAUGUCAUACUUCAGAGUUAGCCCAGUCGUUUUAACAGUAUACUGGAUACUUGCCAUCAAGCCUUUUAAAUCACCACGGCUGAUUGUCCAUAGAAAACGAGCAACCCAGCAGCAGUGGUAGGAGCUGGGCUGUGCCUGCUGCUCAGCAUCGAUCACAUGGAUGGGGAGGGACGGCGUGCAAGAGUGUAACAUGAGAGGGAAAUCUCAUGCUGCAAUUGCACAGUAGAGGGUGCUCUGUACUGAACUUGGAAAUUGCUCUACUGACAUCUCUCUGGGUUUGGGCAGGGAUAAGGUUAAUGUUGGUUAAGGGUCAAUUCUAAGUGAACGUUUUUAUUCAUACUUUAAUAUGUGUUCGUUAUAUUUUAAAGGAUAUGGGGGGGAAUCCCUCUCUGUCUUUAAAGGGCCACUAUAGGCACCCAGACCACUUCAGCUUAAAGGAACACUAUAGUCACCUAAAUUACUUUAGCUAAAUAAAGCAGUUUUAGUGUACAGAUCAUUCCCCUGAAAUUUCACUGCUCAAUUCACUGUCAUUUAGAAAAGGCAAUAUGUAAAAGAACAAAUUGUAGAUUUUUGGUUCAGAAUUUGGACUUCUGUCUUUAAGGGGUUAAAUUCUUCAAGUGAAUUUAGCAUUGCAUAUUGUAGAUGAUUCAAAAAUAACAAUGCCAUUGCCUAGUUUACUGUAGGUUUUUGUUACAGGAAAGCCAUGGUAACAUUUACAUUGUGACCUGACAUAUUACAUGUCUGCUAUAGGUUUGCUCAAGAGGAGAAGUUAUUAUUGUGAAACCCCUUGGAGUUUUGGGCUUAAUAGAUGAAGGAGAGAUGGACUGGAAAGUCAUUGCAAUUAAUAUUGAUGACCCAGAAGCAGAUAAAUUCAAUGGUAAGUUUUAUAGUUAUGUUAAUUGAAGUCAAAUGGCUUACAGCAUUUUUUUUUUUUUCUCUCUCCCCUUUGGAAUACUGCUGAGCAAAUAUGACCAUAAUCUAGAAGGCACUGGCCUGCUGAAAAUGUUCAGAUGCCUUGUAUGUAUGGUAGGCAAUAUAUAAUAUAAAUCGAGACCACACAAUAACCACAAACAACAUUUAAUUACUUUUCAAUGGGCUUGGUUCACUUUUAACUUUAUUAACCACCAAAUAGCCAGUCAGUCAUAACUGACCUGACCGCCUUUUAUUUAAAACAAUUUACCACCAUAUACUUCCCCAAAACAUGACCCUGAGGAUGACUUUUGCCCCACUGCCUCAACUGUGGUAAACCCUACCCCAUCUGAGGUCUUCCCCAGCCAAGGCCCUUCCAUUAUGUUUUGUAACGCCAAUAUUUGCCAGAUAAACCGGAACCUUACUAUAUAGGUUUACAUAUAUAAAAUCAUUAAAGCAGUAAGAAGAGAUUUAAGAAAUUUCUACACUACUCCCUAUUCUAUAGCUGGAGCUGGCCAUCUUGCUCUCUGAUCAAACUAAAAUGGUUACAGGAAAUAAUUCCUUAAUGAUCCAAGAACUCAAACCGUGCAAUAAACAGACUUAACUAAACCUACACUGUGACCACUAUGUGAAUGGUUAAACUGCUGUAUCUGGCCAUGUAGAACAAUCCAACCUAAUGACCAUAAUUCCAAAAUCUCAGAUCAACUAUACAUUGCCCUGAUUAAGUUUAGGUUACGUCUGUAUAUUCUGGCUCUUGCUCUUUGCAUGGCCUGCCAGACCCCUUGAGUGACCUAGAAUCCAAAUUUUUUUUUUAUGGUACCUGCUAAUAAAAGAAUGACAAGAGGAAGAGACAAAAUUUAAAUCAAAUCAUCACACACGUAUAACUGAAAACUAAUCUGAUUCCAUCUCCCAAUCUUCUUGAAUGCAUUGCACCAAUCCAAUAUAGCUGCUUUGCCACAACCCGAACUCAAGAAAAUCGCAUGUUAUUUACCAUCACAACCAAGUAUUCAAAGCGUAACUGUAAUACCCACUGGAUUUUAAAUGUUUUAAUGGACAAUCUUAAAGGGACACUAUAGUCACCUGAACAACUUCAGCUUAAUGAGGUUGUUCAGGUGAGAACUAUAGCUCCUUGCAGCCUUUCUCAUGUAAACACUGUAUUUUCUGAAAAAAUACAGUGUUUACAUUGAAAGCUAGGAACACCUCCAGUUGCAGUCACUCAGAAUGCCACCAGAGGGACUAAAACUCCUCAAUCAACUCAGAUCUGCUGUCAGCAGAGCACAGGGCAGCAUGCAGACACUGAACUUUCCUCAUAGAGAUUCAUUGAUUCAAUUCAUCUUUAUGAGGAGAUGCUGAUUGGCCAGGGCUGUGUUUGAAUCAUGCUGGCUCUGCCCCGAUCUGCCUCUUUGUCAGUCUCAGCCAAUCCUAUGGGGAAGCAUUGUGAUUGGAUCAGACUACCACUUAUGAUGAUGUCAGCAGACUGCUUGGGUUUUUUUUUUUUUUUUUUUUUUUAAGGCAAACAGCAUGCAGAGUUACAGCUUCUGGCUUGAAUAAAGUAAGAUUUUUUACUAUAUUUAUGGAGGCAUGAGGGAUGUUCAAGUUAAUGAAACAUUGUAGUUAUUUAUGGAGGCAACAUAACUGUCACCCUGACACUUGAAAUCUACUAAACAAAACUAACUAAUUCUCAAUUUAGUAAAGAAAGGCUACUAAAAAUAAAAAUACUUUUGAAAUGAAAAAUAUAACAUUCCCAAAACUUCAGGUAAUAUGCUAACAUAUAAGGGAAAGGACGCUUCACAUCCUUUACCUACAAAAUAACCCCUUAACAACUGUUUGAUUAUAAACACUUUCACUGUUAGCAUAUUUUAUGUGGUUGGUAAAAAUGAUUAUCUGUGCUAUAUAAAAUGCUACCUGCACGAAGUACCUGAAGAUAACAUCCUUAGCAUUAUUUGAAUAUUAGUUCCGUAUGAAAGCAACUUCGAUAUUACCACCAACUCUGUUAGCAAGGGUCAAUUGAUGGAACAUUAGCUUAUCGUAAGGUGUCCUAUUCGAGUUCUUUCAUAAGAAAAGAGCAUUUUUCUGCAAUUAUUUGGAACCAAAUGUCUGAAUGUGCUAAGCUGAAAACAAAAAUAGAAUUAGCUAUCCUGUUGUCAACUAGGAACAUGUACUGCUUUCUGCCAUCUAUUAAGUUACCAGUAUAAGAAUAUUAAUUUUUCUAACCAAUUAAUCACAAACAUUUUGAAUGCAAUAAACUGAAACCUUGUACCACUGACUUAUUGUCACAGUGGAAUAAUAUCCUUUUAUUUUGGUGCUAUAAUCCGAAAUUAUAAACUGCUGACAGAAUUGUCAGCAAUUCUAACAGGCUCAGAUUUUUGUAGGUACCUCUUACAACACACACUGUACAAAAACCCAUCUUUGUUCCAAAUAUGUGAAAAUUCAACUGCCCAUGUUGCCUCCAUAAAUAACUACAAUGUUUCAUUAACUUGAACAUCUGAAUGCAACAAGGAGCAGCCAUUGAAAACUUGCAAAAUCUUUAUCAAAACCUUUUAUAUCAUUUUAAACUAGAAAAGCUACAAUUUCUGGGGAAAUUGUGUGAAGUGUUCUUGCCUCCACCAGUAGUCUACAACUGGAGUGGGCGGAGUAACUGUUAUUUAUUUAUAUAGCACAUUUAAUUGCAACGUUGUUGCCCAAAGUGCUUCACAGUUACAUUAAAACAUACAUUUAUAAAAACAUUAGCAGGUGUUCAAAAGGCCCUGUCUAUGACAUCACUUGCUGCUGCAGCCUGACACAGGUCAGAGUAUUUUGGCGGUUGCCAUCUUCAAGCGGUCGUAUUUUAAAAACUAUAAAUCCUACAGCGAAGAGCUUUAUAUUGUGAGAAUCACAAGACCCAGACCUACAUUUUGAUGCAUAGUAUGUCUCUGAAAUAUUAAAAAUGAAGGCACAGUCGCAGUUUAGAAAUUGCCCUUCAAAUUUGAGCUGGCUAGAGUGGAGUUUCAAUGAAUGUCAAUGGACGGCGUGAGUUGCAAACAAAUGGUCAUAUUGUGAAAACUAUCUCGAGUAUGGCUUAGGACAUUUUUAGUGGCAGCAGGGGAAGCUGAACGUUUUGAUAUAAGAUUUGUGUAGGUGGGCUUGAAAAUGAUGGAGUGGUGGCAGUUUUGAAAUCAUGACCUGAUUUUUCAGCUAUUGCCAGCUCCCACUCUAUUUUCGAACAUUUUUCCUAUGGGACAAAUUUCGCCACAAGAACAAGAACGCCACAAGAACGACAAUAUUCCGACAAUAUUCCAUUUGGCGAAACGUUCCACAAAGUAAUAGCAAUCCAAUCGGGAACAAUCCGCACGUUUCGGUAUAUUACUGUCUAUGUAGUGUAAAAACUGUGGGAGGAGUUAGUGUGGUAAAUUUGGCAAUAAUAAUUAAUAUAUAUAGUAGAACACAAGUGCAAGAACACUUAAUUAUACAGGCACGCUAACUGUAAUAAACUUUAACUCGCAAGUUGGAGUAAACUUGAAAUUAAUAAUAACAAUAAUACACUCCUUGCUUACGGCAAUUCAAUAAUCUGUAUUAAUAGAGGCUAAUCAAACAAAUAAACAAUACAUACAUUUGAAAUAGGCUAGUAUAUGUUGCUACCAAAACUAGUCAUUGAUUGAAUGGAAAGUAGACUAAAUUAACAGAGUAAAACAGGCAGACAUGUGAUACAGUUACCACUCCAUUGAUCAUCUGCUGAGAGAGGGAGGGUGUGCAUAGUGGGUAGUAGUGUGCACCCUAAAGCACAAGCACACGCCGCAUAUAUGUGUGUGUAUGUAUAUGUGUGUGUGUGUGUGUGUGUGUGUGUGUGUGUGUGUGUAUAUAUAUGUAUAUGUAUGUAUGUAUAUGUGUGUGUGUGUGUGUGUGUGUAUAUAUAUAUAUAUAUAUGUGUGUAUAUAUAUAUAUAUAAUGUUUGUGUGUGUGUAUAUAUAAUAUAAAUAUUAUACACACUGCUGUGUGUGAGGGUGCUGUUAGUGUGGUGUGUGUGUGUGUAACGGUGCUGGUAGUGUGCUAUGUGGGUGAGGGUGUGUGUGCGCUUGUGAGGGUGCUGUUUGUGGGUGAGGGUACUGGUAGUGUGCUGUGUUUGUGAGGGUACUGGUAGUGUGCUGUGUGUGUCUGUCUGUGGGUGUUGUAUGUGUGUGGGUGAUUGGGGGGGGGUGGAGGUGGGGGUACAUUACUUGCUGUCCCCCCUUCCUUCUUACCUUUUGUAGGGAGGGGGGAUCGUGCUGCUGAUAACAUCCCUGGUGGUCCAGUGGAGAGUGAACUCUAGCCCCUGUAGGGCUAGAGUUCACUCUCGCGAGAUUUGAGCGUUGCCGUGGCAACGCUCAUAUCUCGCAAGAGGAACCCGGCGGAGCUGCCGUCAAGAGCUCCGCCGGUCCUCUCCUGCCUCCCUCUCUGCAUGUGGGUCUGUGGGGAGGGAGGCUGAGAGCAGAGCCGGCGCUCGGAUAGCGCCGGCUCUGCAUGAGCCGACGGGAGAUCCUGAGACCUCCCCUGCCAGUCUCAAUAUGCAUAGGCGUGCUGCGAGGAUUAGGGUGUGCCCAAGCACACCUGGCACACCCCGUGUGUACGCCUAUGGGUAGAGGGGGGGGGGGAGAGGAGAGAGAUUCAAAAAAGAGAAUGUGCUAUUCACAGGGCUUUUAACAAGUUAGCCCUUCCUUCUGCUGGACACACCUCCCUCAGUCAAUCCCUUAGAAUGUAACAGAACCAGAGUGCCUCCUGGGGGAAGGGGGAUUGCACUAGAAGGGAAUGGAGGAGGAGUUUAUCAACAACUUAACUGGUUUUGCCUGGUGAAAGGCCAUGAGCUUCACAGAGGACUGUAUUAUUGCCUAAGGGUAGAAUGGGACUUGAAUCCCUGUAUUAGAACACCAAAACACUUAAUUGGCAUACAGCUUGCCGGUUAAUCAGUCCCCCCCCUCCCCCCCACUUAUUACACUAACAAAACGCAGUUUUAUCUUUGCACACGUCAAAAACACCCUUCUACCUAAACUCUUCUUACAGGUGAACUCAGACCUGUAAAUGCUUACAAACCUAACUACGAUUGAACUGUUUUAACAAUCUGCGCUUACUAUUUUAUUUAUCUAUAUACAUACACAUAUAUGUACAACUAGUCAAUUUGUUUUCUAAUAUGCAGACAUUGAAGAUGUGAGAAAACACAAACCUGGCUAUCUUGAGGCUACUGUUGACUGGCUCAAGUCAUAUAAAGUCCCUGACGGGAAGCCGGAAAAUCAGUUUGGCUUUAAUGGCGAGUUUAAAAACAAGGUACAUUUCUUAAUCUGUAGGUUUUGGUUGGACAAACUGUAUGUUUUUUUUUGUUUAGUUUUUUCCACAAAAGAUAUUGCUAACCUGGCAGUUUGCUUGAAUGCUAGAAGUGCAGAGAAGUGACCAUUCCUUUUUACUUUCAGUCCAGUAGAGGUAUUGCAGUCUUUAUUUGGGUGACUAGGGAAGCGGUGAUAAGAGGGGGAGGGGGGGUGGUUGUUGUUUGUUUGUUUUUGUUUUUUGUUUUUUUUUAUUUCUUUUUUAAACCCUCUGCUUCACUUUUUGCAACCCAUAAUGCUUCAUGCACUCGUUUGUCCACUUGAGCAUCUAACAUAAAUUCUGUGGACAUUCUUUUAGAAGUGUAACUUGCUGAAUGUGCUGUGCAUUCUACACUGCAACAGUUAACUAAUUUAGAUCGAUUGCCUAUUUUGGUUAUGCUAAAAGUGAGGAAGUGCCAGUUCCUCUUUGAGAUGAUUUCUGUAUCUUUCUAUUACAUGUGACAAAGUUAACUCACUGAAAACAUUGCAGUCAUUGCUGGGACAUUAUUUAAUACAGUCUUAUUAGGGAUUUUCACAUUGGCCUCUGGGCAUACAUUUAGAAUUUGUGUUGUUGACUCAGCAUUUUAUGGAUAAUAUAAAUUUUAGUUUAAAUAUAAUUUUAGUUAAAUUAUAUAAAUUCUGUUCUGAUUAUCCCUACCCUCAAAGUUAUUUUAUGGCCAUGUUAAAAAAUUAGAUGGCCUGUCACAUGCUUUCCUUUUUUACUUUUAUUUAUUUUUUGUACAUAGGAUUUUGCUAUUGAAGUCAUAAAGAAUACGCACAGUUACUGGAUAGAUCUAGUUAAUAAGUCAGACAAGACCGAUAUAGACUGGUAAGUUAUAUUUUAUUUGGGAAGAUAUAAUCUUUUUUUCAUGUUUCAAAAUGCCACAAACAUGUCAGAGUAAUGAACUGAAUUCUGAAACUUUGUUCUUUCUGUUUGCAUUCUCUUUGCGGGAUUUAAAAUUUUCAAAACCAUCAAACCUUAUUAGUAUGAUUCAUGGUAGGGUCUAUGCAGUUUUAUAUUCUGAAGCAAUUAUUUGGAUUACCAUAUAACAAUUGUUUUAUGCGUUUAAAAUCUAAAUUUGCUUGUUUGUAAUUCAGUGGUAAGCCCUCAACCCCAAUCUUGAAUAUGUGAAAAGGUUGAAAAAAAUGCUGCUGAGGUGAGCUACAAAAUUAAUAAUGUGGGAUGGAAACAUUAAGAAGCAAGGCUAGAAAAAUGGCAGCAUUGUGGGUUGUAUUUUUUUUUUUUCAUCUGAGAUGAUCUGAUGAUUCUAUACGAAUAUACAUGGGUUAGUGCAAAUUGUCAUCUGGUAAGCUGUUUAUUAGUAGGAUUAUAUAUGCACAGCAGGUGAGGUCAUCUCUUAAGACUGGAAGAAAGGAGGUUUUUGCUUGCAGCAGACAAAAGGUUAUUUACAAUAAAAACUAUACAGAUGUGUUGUUCUCUACCCAAAGAGUUUGUAUUAUCUGAUUGUGUAGAUAUUUGAAGGGGGGAGGGGGGAAUGUCCCCACUAGAUCUCAAGCUUAGGACCUGCACACCAAGGAACUUAACCCCUUAAGGACACAUGUCGGAAAUAUUCUGUCACGAUUCCCUUUUAUUCCACAGGUUGUGUGGUGUUUUUCUUUGGAUUAACUUUUUUUUUUUUUUUUUUUUUAUAGGAUCCCUCUGUAAUAGUUAAAACGUGUUUGAGACUAUAACAAAAUUUAUAUUUUGUGUAAUGUAAAGCUUUAAAAAAAAAAUAAAAAAUUGUUUUUAUUUUAUUUUAGUAAAAGUGUAACAGUUAUUGACAGUCCCUUUUGCUGUAGUAAAGAGGAAGCCGAGUCGAUUGUCAAGUCUGUAAGUACUCUGUAGAAUUGUUAAACAUGUUUGUUCCUAAAGGAAAUCCCAGGAGUCUUUGCGCCUCAAUUGGGAUCAUUUAUGGUCUGUCCGUGAAUGCUUUACAAAAUUUGAAGGCAAAGUAUUGCCCAGAAAACAUGGUCAUGUACAAUUAUUAUUCGUAUUAUUAAAGCGGCACUGUCAUGCUGAAUCCUGGUUUGUUUGGUUUUUUUUUUGGUUUUUUUUAACCCCCCUCCGGCCUCCACUAUCUCUGACACCCUAGUCACCCCCAAAUGCCCCUAAGCCCCCCACAUUACCUAUUUUUUAUUCCUUAUUUUCUGCCCUGAUCUUGAUUCAGGGCUCCGCCAUCUUUGUGUGGGUAGAUGAAGUCCCUGUGGGACACGUCAUCUGCCCACACUAGAUAGCACUGUGAGAUUCCCGCACAUGCCCAGUUAAACACCUGGACAUGCGAACGGGAAUUUCAUCCAUUCAUUCAUCAGACAGACUAAUGAAUGAACAGAAAAAUCAGAUGAACAAACUAAUACUGAGUAUCAGUGUUCGUUUGUUCGUUCAGUUUAUUACAAGGAGGGAGCUACCGGCACGCAGCUCCCUCCUUGUAAUAUGUUACUAUAGAAGUGGCAGGGAGCAGUGCUCCCCACCACUUCAUAAGCCCCCCAGGUCCCCCCUCACUCUAUGGGGGUCCCCCAUAAUAGUACAAGGGAGAUUAAAAUCUCCCACAUGCCCCUACUCGCUAUACCGCGAGUAGGGGCAUGUCCACUAAACAGUGAGCAGCCACAGGUUGUAAACAAAAAACACUAUUGACCCCCCACCCCUAAACGACGGGUGGGGGCCCAAAAGUAAAAUAAGGGGGGAGACCUAUUGGCCCCGCCCCCACCCUUGUGCGGUGGGUGGGGGUCAUAAUGAUAAUGAGGGGGGAGGUAGGUCCCCCCCCCAUUAUCUUUAUGGCCCCCACCUGCCACCGUGCAUUUUUUUAGUUUUUCUUUUUUACAGUGAGCAGCCACAGGCUGCUGGCUGCUUACUAGACAUGCCCCUACUCGUGGUCCAGGAGCUAAAUGGUUCCUCUUUGUAGCUUGGUUUCUCCUAUAGUAGAUCAUCCGUAAGGAUUUAUGUUCCAGUGCAAGCCAAUGAUUUUUAUAGAGAAGCAUUGAGAUGCAGGGAGAAUGCUUUACAAUUGAUGCACUACGCCUGCAAUGCUUCUCAUAUGAGAAGCCUUCACAACCACUUUGUGCUGGGGUACAAGGCAGUGGUGAAGAGGGCUUUCUCAGCUGUCAACCAGAUAGGGGUAUUUUUAUAAACCCUACAAACUCCCUUAAUAGGGGUUCGUUGUAUGAGUUCAUAAGAGUACCCCUUUCUAUCUCAUUAGAAAUGUUCCCUCUUCGAAAUAUAAAUUAUUAGUGUAGGAGUCUCCUACAAGGAUUGGGAGGUACUAGGGACUUGAAAUGAAUAGGGCACAGGUACCUGUGGUGUGUGGUGGUUUUUUUUUUUUUUUUUUGUUCGUUUAUGGAUUUGGGCAGAUGACUACAACAGCCUUUGCUGCUGCCUGGGAGUAGUGGGAAUUUGAGUGCAGUGCUUUUUUUUCUGUGUUUUAAAAACAGAAAUUGGCUAGAAGGUUGUUUGUUUGUUUUUUGUUUUUUUCUUUCCCCCACUUUUUCUUAUUGCUACAUCUGUUAAACCAUAAAUAUUCUAUUCAUUCAAAUAGCAAUCUAUAAAUUUAAUUUGUGUAAAAGAACUUUUUCAUGCAAACAUGCAAGUUCCAUUUGAAUAUUCAGUCGUGCUGCAUGUAAUAGAGUGGUUGUUACCAUCUUUUCAAUCUUUAAUCUGGUGUGUUGUACUGUACCAUAUCAUUUCAAUGCUGAUGAAUCGGAAAUAAUUGGAUAGUAAAGAAUUAAAGAAUUGUUGCCGCAACAUCCUCACCAAGUGUUAAUAGAGAAGGUAUAUCUAAAUUGCCCUGUGAUUAAAUGCAUCAUCCUACUAUCCAAACACUAAUGUAUCUGUGUUACCAUUGCAGGCACCAUCAACUGGAAGUCAAAGUCCAAUUCCCUCAGAAGGUAACCUAUCAAUAGUACAUAGCUAAAACUUCCAUUUUAGAAGGAGAGCUAAUGUAAUUUUGAACACCAGUCUCUCUUCAUUUCUUUUCUAUAUUUUUAGGGUUUUUUUUUUGUUUUUUUGUUUUUUUUAACUCCAAAUGUUUAGUGUGUCUGAGCUUAUAACAAAGCAAUGAUUCUUCCCUUGUACUUUUAAACUAAAUAUGUGGUCACUGUGGGGAAAAUAAAUAUCUUGGGCAUGUUAUAAACCACUUUUAAAGGGACACUAUAGUCACCAAAACAACUACAACUUUAUGUAGUUGUUCUAGUAAGUUUAGCAUGUCCCUGCAGACUUUUUGCUGUAAACACAGCAUUUUCAGAGAAAAGGCAUUGUUUACAUUGCUGCCUGUGGACACCUUCAGUGGCAGUCACUCAGAUGGCCACUAGAGGUGCUUCCUGAGUGGUGCAGCACUGACCUUCAGUAUCCCCACACUAAUUGGCCAGAGCGGUGUUUGGCUCAGUCCCUGGCCUGGCCUCAUUAUCUGAAAUCAUCAGAAUUGAAAUGGCUUCCAUGUGGCUUUCCUGUGGGAAAGCACUGGAUUGGUUGAUCCAUUCUGAUGAUGUCAGCCAAGGAAGUGGAUUAGGGGCUGGGCCAGCACCGACAGACCCGUGCGGCACUGGGAUAAAGAAAAAAAAAAAAAAAAAAAAAUUUAAUUUUUUUCAUCAUCUCCAUGGAUCAUCAGUCCUCAGCAAAACAAGAACCUCAAUAGAAUGAAAUGAGAUACAAAUGGUGCAGGAAGCCAAAGAAAUAAAAUCAACAGCAUAUUAUUAUUUAAAAACCUAUAAGGUUUCCUCUGAGGUUCUUUGAAUAAUGAAAAUGAAGUCCUCCUUCAGUUUUAUAGUAUAUAGUAUACAGGUUCACCUUAACGUAAAACAAAUUUUUUGAUGGGCUUUAACUGAUGAAAUCAAUCUAAAAUAUUAUUUAUAUAUAUAUAUAUAUAUAUAUAUAUAUAUAUAUAUAUAUAUAUAUAUAUAAUAUAUAUAAAAUAAAUUUUUUUUUUUUUUUCAAUAUAUAACUUUCUAAUUAACUUUUUUUCUCUUUCUUAUUUUAGUUGAUGUGUGGCACUUCCUUAAAUCAUGAACCAUUGAUGUAGUAAUCUUGCCUACAAGAUGCCAUUCAUUUAUUUUAGUUUAAAUAUAUAUAUAUUUUUUUUUUCCGUUUCAUUUGACAUUGUGUAAAUAAACACUUUCAUUAUGACCUUGUUUUAAAUGGCACAAUUAAAUGGUUGUACCAAGUGCUUUUUUUAAUCUAUUUAUUUAUUAAAUACCAAAAUAAUUUUGGACCUAUACUUUACCAGGACCCUUUUUUUUUUUUUUUUUAAAUAUAUUUAACAAAAAUGUAUAAUUUUUGAAAUGGUUUGUUUUUAAUAGAUAUAAUCUUAAGUGUACUGAAGUACAGAUUGAUACACAGUGGAGGUUUGGGAAGAAGAGGAAGGAGGAAAAUUUGCCUCAGAAUGCAAAUACUUAUUCUGCUAAUAAACACAGUGUGGAAUGUAGUGGGGUGUCUAUUGGCACAGUACUGCAGGAAUUGUGCAGGGACAUAACUGUUUGGGUCCUCCAUGACUGAGCUCCCUUUACCCGGGCUGGUUACCUCCACUAAGUUUGUUCCCUAGCUUGAACUGGGAAACCUGAAGCACUUCUGCCCCUGUUGCCAGCGCUUGACUGGGUCCUUCUGGAGCUUUUCCACCCGACCAGGCUGCAGCUCUCCUUCCAGGCCGGUAUCAUGCCCUUCUUCCAGGGCUGUAUUGUCCCCUCUGCCUAUUCGGCUGGAGCUCUGCUUGUAGUGCUUGCUAUUGCCUUUACAAAGGCACUUGCGGCUCUCAGGCCUAGCUCUCUUGAUUUAUCCCAGUGCUAAAACAGGCCCGAAGACUCUGUCACCUGGGAUGCCUACAGGACACAAGUUUCUAAAGUAGCUAUAAAAAAAAAAAAAAUAUAUAUAUAUAUAUAAAGUGAAGGCAGAUAGUAUGCCUUUUAACCCCAGGGGAAGUACGUGUAGUUUGUGUGUUGCACAACACAAAGCUUUGUUUAGUUAUGGGCCCCUGGGGUGGAGCAUUUGGAGAGAAGGGUGGGCCAAUGCUCCACUCCACAGUUUAGUGGUUUUCUGGGGAGACUUAGAUCCAGGCCAGGGUUUUUUGGACCGUCUCCAACCCACUGCUCAGCUGCAGUUAAUAAGCUGUUGCAGUGGGAAUAAACCACUCCCUGCUAGGCAGGUAAAGGAGAGGGAUUGCUGGCUUCCUCCCAGGAAGCAGGUAGGAGAGAGGCUGUUCUCUCCAGAUAGAGUCAAGGAGACUAGGCACUCGGAGUGCAGAAAGGAAGCAGUCAAGGCUGGCUUGGAGCACUGGGAGUGCAGGAGGAAGCAGUCAGGGCAAGGCUGGCUUGGAGCACUGGGAGUGCAUGAAGAAGCAGUCAAGGCUGGCUUGGAGCACUGGGAGUGCAGAAAGGAAAGCAGUCAGGGCAAGGCUGGCUUGGAGCACUGGGAGUGCAGAAAGGAAAGCAACAGGCUAGCUAGCAGAGUGUUGCUAUCUAAUAAGGUUGAUGCAAUAUGUUUUUGUUAGUUUAACCCUGAUAGAGAGGGAUAUACAAAGUGAGUCAGUGCUCAGACGAGCUAGGUUUUUGUUUAAAGGGAAACCUGUUAUAUUUAUGUUUUCAUUUGCUGCUGCCUCACAUGUAAACUUACAAAUAAAGUGCCUGGAAUGAAGUUGCAUUGAAA